CCUUUCUGCGCGCACGCACCGCUCUGCGUUGGACCCCUCGAGCAUGCGCAGUACGUCCAGUGUUUGUUAUUGUGGGCGGGUUGUGCUCUGUGUGUGAGUGCGCGGACGGCCUGUCGGCUUGCGUGGGCCGCUGGUGUGGCCUGCAAUCCCCGUUACACACCGGGGACCGAGAGCGAGUGCCUGAAACAGCCCUGUGCCUAAAGAAGGGGUUCGUUCCUGGGGAGGAGGGCGCAGGCCCCGACAUGGACUGUACGAGGCCCUGAGGAGCGGUGUGAAGGCAGGUAGAGGCUGUCACUGUGACCCAGCUGGCUGGCUGGCUUAGAGUAGUGUUAUGGACUAUUACUCCUAUGAUGCACACCCUGCUGCAUGACGGGAAUUGUAGUUCACAACAGCUUGAGGGCCAACGAUGAACUCUCCCUUCUUUAGCAGAUCUGGUAUAGUGGGACUGCCAGUGAUUGGGUUAUUGUCACGUUGAGAUAAAGCAUAGGAAAACUCCAAUUGCUGACAGUUCUGUAUUAAACUAGGGGUGGUAGCUUAUCAUAUAAUUAAGAAAUACUGCUUGAUUGAUACAUCAUGGGGUGUCUCGCUAUAACAGCUGAUAGUCUGCACACCCAUGCUGUAAAGUAUGGUUUGUGGUUUUAUUCAUUUUUAUUUAACAAGGAAGACUUUUCUGAUGCCAAUACUCCUGUCAAUUCCCCUCCCCAUUAACAUGCUGACUUCAUUAAUAGUAUCUGAGUCAGUCCCUUGGUGUGUGCUUCUUGCAUGCCAUUAUGGCAUCACUUGGCAUGGAGGACCUUUAAUGGGUUAGGUGUGACAAGAGUGUCCAGCUAAGGUGGUACUAAGCAUUAAUUGUCAGAGUAUUAGGUGACUGGUGCUAAAGUUGGUACAAAAUCAAAAGCUUUCUUGAAAGUGGGCCUUCUCUUUACAUGAGUGUUAAAGGGACACUAUAGUCAUCAAAACAACCUUGGCUUAAUAAAGCAGUUUUGGUGUAUAGAUCAUGCCCCUGAAGUCUCAACGCUCAAUUCUCCACCAUUUAGGAGUUAAAUCACUUUUGUUUCUGUUUAUGCAACUGUAGCCACACCUCCACUGACUGUGACUCACAUAGCCUGCAUGAAAAGAAAUGGUUUCACUUUCAAUCAGAUGUAACUUACUUUAAAAGUUUUUAUUUCCUGCUCUGUAAAUUGAACUUUAAUUACAUACAAGAGGCUCCUGCAGGGUCUAGAAAGCUAUUAACAGAGCAGGAAAUAAUAAAUUCUAAAUUAAACAGUAUUUUCAAUACAUGAAGUGUAUACAUCAUACUACUCUUUGCAGGAAGUGUUGGAAGGCUGUAAAAGUCACAUGCAGGUAUGUGUAACUAGGGCUAUAUAAACAAGGUGAUUUAACUCCCAAAUGGCAGAGAAUUGAGCAGUGAGACUGCAGCGGCAUGAUCUACACAUCAAAACUGCUUCAUUAAGCUAAAUUUGUUUUGGUGACUAUAGUGUCCCUUUAAGGUUAUUUUUCAGGUUGGCUAACAUAGAUUCAUUUUAACAAUAGCAUUUUUAUUUUAAAAUUAAAUUCCUUGUGCCAACAGCUUGGUAUUUCAAUGAGGAAAGCAUGUUUCUUGCUUUCAUUUACUUUCUUCGCUUUAGAGUUGUAUAUGCAUACGCAAGCCUCUAGAGAGUUUGGGAUCAUAGGAUAGAUAACACUUGUGAUUUGUUGGAGAGUCACACUGAGUAUCUGCAGUGAAUUAGGAAUUCUCUAUGAAUCUAUUGCCAUGAUGCAGAUUCCAUUGGGACGGACAGAAUCUUAAAUCACCUUCAGAGUUCUUUGCAUAUUUUAUAGUGUUCAAGUAGAGAUUGUAGCCGUAUUAGUCCAGUGAUGCAGAUAUAAAAAAAACAGAUAAAAUUCGUAUAUUGUAAUACCGGUACUUUUAAAAAAAAAUUUUUUAAUUUUUUUAUUGGACUAGCAGAAAUUUUUAAUGACGAGCUUUUGGGAGAACCUCCCUUUCUCAAGUCUAAAGCUUUAGACUUGAGAAAGGGAGGUACUCUCGAAAAAGCUUGUAUUAAAGGAUCACUAUAGGGUCAGGAACACAAACAUGUAUUCAUGACCCUAUAGUGUUAACACCACCAUCUAGCUCCCCUGGGCCCCUCGUGCCUCCAUAAAUAUAGUAAAAAUCUUACUGUAUUCAAGCCAGAAGCUGUAAAUCUGCAUGCUGUUAGACUCUGAAAAAAAGGCAGUCUGCUGACGUGGUAGCCUGAUCCAAUCACAAUGCUUCCCCAUAGGAUUGUCUGAGACUGACAAAGAGGCAGAUCAGAGGCAGAGCCAGCAUGAUUCAAACACAGCCCUGGCCAAUCACCAUCUCCUCAUAGAGAUGAAUUGAAUGAAUGAAUCUCUAUGAGGAAAGUUCAGUGUCUGCAUGCAGAGGGAAGAGAUACUGAAUCACAGGAUGCUGUGCACAGUGCUGCCCUGUGCUCUGCUGACAGCAGAUCUGAGUGGAUGUCUGAGUGGAUGUCUCCAUCAACUCCGAAGUCCCUCUGGUUCACUCUGAGUGACUGCAACUCGAGGUGUUCCUAGCUUUCAAUGUAAACACUGUAUUUUCUCAGAAAAUACAGUGUUUACAUGAGAGGCUGCAGGGAGCUAUAGUUCUCACCUGAACAACCUCAUUAAGCUGAAGUUGUUCAGGUGACUAUAGUGUCCCUUUAAAAAAAUUCUGUUAGUCCAAUAAAUAGGUAUUACAAGAUACGAAUUGUAUCUGUUUUUUACAUCUACGUAUUUUAUAGGGUAGAUCUUCUUCUUUCUUGAGCUCCCUUCAUCUGCUAGAAUCCAUCUACUGUAGCAUUGAUGUCUAUGAAGAAUCUGUGCUGGAGCCCCCAUAGAUCAAUGCUCGUUAUGUAUAACUGUUAUGGAAUUUGACAAAAGUUAAUGGCGAAACCUUAGUCUUUGGCAAGUUUUGCCAAGUAAGAGGUUCUAUUUCAACUGUCAAAAGUAAAGACCAAUAAGUCAAUGGGACCUGAUGGAAUACACCCAAAGCUAUUAAAAGAGCUUAGUGAUGUACUAGCAAAACCAUUAACAGAUUUAUUUAACCAAUCAUUGUUAACAGGAGUAGUCCCAGAAGAUUGGAAGUUAGCGAAUGUUGUGCCCAUUUACAAGAAAGGUAAUAGGGAGGAGUCAGGCAACUAUAGGCCAGUAAGCCUUACUUCAGUAGUGAGGAAAGCAUUGUUGAACAUCUAAAAACACAUGGAUUUCAAGAUCAGAGACAACAUGGGUUUACUUCAGGGAGAUCAUGCCAAACUAAUCUUAUUGAUUUUUUUUGAUUGGGUAACAAAUUAUAGAUCAGGGUGGUGCGGUAGACAUUGCUAGAUUUCAGUAAGGCUUUUGACACUGUUGCACAUAGAGGGCUUAUCAAUAAACUGCAAUAUUUAAGUUUGGAUUCCAAUAUUGUUGAAUGGGUAAGGCAGUUCCUGAGUGACAGGCAACAGAGGGUUGUUAAUGGAAUAUAUUAGAAGCUUGGACUUGUCACCAGUGGGGUACCUCAGGGAUCUGUACUUGGAUUCAUUCUCUUUAAUAUUUUUAUUAGUGAUAUUGCAGAAGGUCUUGAUUGGUAUGGUAUGUCUUUUUGCUGAUGAUACUAAGAUAUGUAACAGGGUUGAUGUUCCAGGAGGGAUAAGCCAAAUUGCAAAUGAUUUAGGUAAACUAGAAAAAUGGUCAGCAUUGUGGCAACUGACAUUUAAUGUGGAUAAGUGCAAGAUAAUGCAUCUUGGACGUAAAAACCCAAGGGCAGAGUACAGAAUAUUUGAUAGAGUCCUAACCUCAACAUCUGAGUAAAGGGUUUUAGGGGUGAUUGUUUCUGAUGACUUAAAGAUAGGCAGACAAUGUAAUAGAGCAGCAGGAAAUUCUAGCAGAAUGCUUGGUUGUAUAGGGUGAGGUAUUAGCAGUAGAAAGAGGGAAGUGCUCAUGCCAUUGUACAGAACACUGGUGAGACCUCACUUGCAGUUUUGUACACAGUACUGGAGACCGUAUCUUCAGAAGGAUAUUGAUACCUUAGAGAGGGUUCAGAGAAGGGCUACUAAACUGGUUCAUGGAUUGCGGGAUAAAACUUACCAGGAAAGGUUAACGCAGUGUUUCCCAACCCAGUCCUCAAGGCACACCUACCAGUCCAGCAUUUAAGGAUUACCCAGUUGUGUCCAAGGUGUUUUUUUUCUUCUUUGUUGGUAAACACUGGGUUAAAGGAUCUUAACAUGUAUAGCUUGGAGGAAAGAGGAGACAGGGGGGAUAUUAUAGAAACAUUUAAAUACAUAAAGGGAAUCAACACCAUAAAGGAGGAGACCAUAUUUAAAAGAAGAAAAACUACCACAACAAUAGGACAUAGUCUUAAAUUAGAGGGACAAAGGUUUAAAAAUAAUAUCAGGAAGUAUUACUUUACUGAGAGGGUAGUUGAUGCAUGGAAUAGCCUUCCAGCUGAAGUGGUAGAGGUUAACACAGUAAAGGAGUUUAAGCAUGAGUGGGAUAGGCAUAAGGCUAUCCUAACUAUAAGAUAGGGCCAGGGACUAAUGAAAGUUUUUAGAAAAUUGGGCAGUCUAGAUGGGCCGAAUGGUUCUUAUCUGCCGUCACAUUCUAUGUUUCUAUAACCCCUACUUUGUUUUAUAUUUUGACUUUGUUGGAAUUUCAAUGCAGGGUGAAAUCCGGAUAGGCACACACAAUAAGGAUCCACAUUUUUUUUUUUUGUACUAUUGUAUUUAAAUCUCAGUCCAAUUCCAACUCCGUUAAUAUGAGCAUUUCAUAAAUAUUUUCUUUUUAUGAAAUGCUCAUAAAUACAUUAUUCAUAACUACUAUAGUAGUUAUUGUGCUAGGAGUGCCCUCUCCCCACUCUGGUGUAAUUUAACAAACUUAUAUUGGUUUGAUAACUUACUUCAGGUUUGCUGGGCACCUACAGAUGCAGCUCGUGCUUCCAGGAUUCUCCUGCAGGAGAAUCCAACUGGGCUGUGUUGAUUGUCUUGGAGGGCCUGCUGUGCACUCUCAUCCAAUGAGCACAGUCCUGUAUCAGCCAUGUUUAACUGAGUAGAGUCAUCUGGCUUUUCCUUCAGUAGAAGACAGGAUUGUAGCGUGGACAAAACCUGUAAUUUGUUACAGUGGGAUGGCUCCAAGGUAUUCCGCGCACCAUAACCAGUACAGUGGGUUGUACUUAUAGAUAAUGCAUUACACAUUAUGCAAACAAAUGCAUUUGGUAGCAAUCAGACUCAAUGUCCAGACCACAAAGAUGCCCACGAAUCACCCGGUAAUCGUUGCCUCCCCCCCCACUUACCCAAGGUUUUCUCAAACAACCAUGACCACUUGAGUGAUUUGAAGUGUUCAUGGUGGUAGGAGUCUGAAGCAUUUCUGUUUCAGACACUGUACAUUCAGAGAUAUUUGCAUUUCUCUGCCAGGAGCUAGUUACUCUAUUCCGGACUGCCAAAUGUCAAUUCUGUGCAAAUAUUACAUUUGUGUGUGAUGACGACAGAUGUAACCGUCCUCUAUCAUGCAGGCAGCGUGUCUGUAAGGGAAAGCUUGCUCUCCCCUCCCUCUUUGCAUUAAAUCACUUUAGAAACCUCUCCCCUCAGGGGCUAAGAGUGUCUACGAAUGUUGCGUGCAUUCGCUCUGAGCUGGCAAAAAGGCCAUUUUAAAGGCUUUUCUAUGAGAAACCUUAGAUUGGAUAGAGUGUUGAGAUCAGUGCCAGGAGCUUUGUCUAGCGCUGGAUUACAGGUAAAUUGAAAACUUUUUUUUUUUUUUUUUUUAAACAUGAUUUAAAUCUGUAGUAAUUGCAUUGUAAAGCAAAUUUAGUUUAAAAAUAAUAUAGUGACAAAAAGGAUUGGAAUUUACUUUUUAAAGGAACAUUGUGUGGCCUUGUGACAUUUGUUUAGUGUGGAAAAAGUGGAAUAACACUUAAAGGAACAUUCUGAGCACCUUAACAACUUAUAACAACCCCACAGACCAGUAUCCUGCGGCCAACCACUCGGAUACCUGUCCAUUUGCUGAUAUUCUUGAAAGAGGAAGCCUCAGAUAGCUGCUGAUUGGCUGAGAGCGUCUGCUGGCGCUAUCAUCCAAUCAGUGGCGCCCCUAUCCAGUGCUCCCUCUUUCAAGAAUUGGGUGUUGGAUACUGGACUUUGGGGUUAACUGUUCAUUAAGUUAUGGUGCCAUAGUGUUGCUUUUAUUUUUCUCUCACAUGGUUAAUGGGAUAUGUGCUGCCCCCGGCUAUAGUUUCACCCAAUGUAUAAGAUAAGUGGUACUGCUGAAUAAGCUUAUAUCAGCUGCGUUAUGGCUGCGAUAUUAUUCUGGUUGAGUUUUGUGAACCACGCUGUGUGCAGUAAUCUCCUGAACAUAAUUGCUAAUGCAACUCAACAUGGUGUGGUUACUAUUAAAACCAGUUUUAUUUUCUCUUUGUUUCGGAACUGUCCUUAUAAGCAAACCACAGUGUGUUUGAAAUAUGUAAAGGUUUGCCUGACAUUACUUGAGACUGUUGCUGUUUUAGUGUGGAUGAACAAAACCAAGGCUCUUAAAAGUUUUUGAUAGCACUUCACUUUUUGAAUAUAGAACACAAGCGUUAUUUCUCUGGUGCCUACUAAAGUAAUUCUUCUAGCAUUAAAACAAAUGUUUAUGUAAAGAAUAACUAGCACAUGGACAUGAGCACAGAUAAGGUCUGAAAGGGUUAUUCUUAAAAGUGUGAAUUCUAAGUAAAUUUUACAUUUAAGGCCAAAGUAGAAGAACUGGAAUUAUAAUAGACUUAGGGAAUUUUUACAGUUAACCAUAAAUUUGAUAUUCACUUUGAAUUCUACUUGGGUGAAUAAUUAUGCAGGACGUUAUCUUAUCUAGGUGGUAACUUGUAAGAAUUAUUGAGUGGAACUAUCUUGUGCUGUGGGAGAAAUUAUGACAUUUUAUAUUUUUUAAUGCAAAUUUGAAAGUGCCUUUUAUUAUACUUCAAGGUAUAAUAAAGUAAUCUGAAGGUUAGUGUGCUUGUCUGCUGAGGGUGAGGUAAUACCGGUUAUAUUCCACAGUUGUUUUUAUUUGUUUGAAAUUGCACCCUGUAAAGAAGAACUGCUUUACUAAAGACUGUCUGGCACUACUUGUUUCUCUGCGUUAUUUUGGCAAACUUGUAAUCUUCUCCUUUAGCCAAAAGUUGAUCUUUCCUUAAGUCUUCUUAAAAUGCACAUGUCUGAUGUCUAAAUUGUGGAGAGUUGUUACAGUCGUGGUCAUCGAUCAAGUAUAAAAAAAAUGUAGUUCUCAGCAUUUAAACAUUUUUUUUCCUAUUGUACACUUCUGCUGGUGCAUUUUACUUUCAAAAAUCGUUACUGUAUUUCCAAUUUGCAUACAAAUGAAAACUUGUAAUAAUGUGUACACACAGUUUUGGACACCAAAGUAAGUUGUGUUUAAGGCUAUUUCUGUUUGCAUUAAGAGGACAAUAUAUGCACCAUAACUACUUUAGUGAACUGUAGUUAUGGUGCGUCAUCCCCCAGUUUUCUUCCAAACCGUUUUAGAGCAGUUUAACGGAAACUCAACCCAAAACAUUGUUUCUUUAUGGUACCCACUGCCUGUGCCAUCAGCGACUUUGAUAAAGUGGAAGUCACAAAUGUUUCCAAUGGCAAUUAUAUGGGGCUGUAAUGCUAAAUUAACCAGAAAUCAGUGCUGAAACAGCCACAUGAAAAACCUCUAUCUUUUUGCAAAUAGUAUGUCAUGAUGGUGAUCAUUUUGAGUUUAAGUAGCUGUUUUGCACCAAAAGACCUAAAUCAAUCUGUCAAAAGUAAGUAGGCUGGUCUCCUACACUCUAAUUUACCAAAAAGAUAGGGGAUGGGGAUAACUAAGGUCCUCCAAGGUUGUAGCCGAUGCAAGCAGGGUUAUUCAGGCUUACUGGGACCACAUCAGUGAUUUGAAGUAGUUUUGGUGGUAGUAUUUUGAAACUCUGCACAAUCAGAGAUUUUUGUAAUUGUGUGCUGGGGGCUAGUUGCACCCCCAGUACGUGGGACAAUGGAAACCCAGAACUCUGUUCAAGGCUGCCUAAUGUCAAUUCUGUGCAUAUUUUGUCACAAGACAACAGAUGUUAGUCUUCCCCUUGCAGACAGAGUGUCUGCAAAAGGAAAGCUCGCUCUCCUCUCCCUGCCUGUGGGUGUUCCCUCCAUUGCAUGAAUUUUAUUUUCCUUUUAAUAAAAACUCUCCGUCCUCCUUCCCACUCCCCUGCACCAGCCCAGAGCGCAUGCAGAGCUGGCAAUAGAUCUAGUAGAGAGGCCUGUGAUUGGAACGUGCGCAGCCACUAUGGCGUGAUGACAGGGCAUGGAAAUCGGCACCGGCAGCUUCACCCGGCGCUGAAUCAAUUUUUCUUUUUAAAUUGAUUUUAAUGCAGUUGGAGUGGGGGGACCUUAUGCGUAGUACCCAAUAGGACGUUUUACACAGAAAAGGUACCUCCCCAUGCCCAAAGGGUUAAAGUAACAUUAAAGUAAAAAUUGUAAGGAAGUCAAAGUGAAGAAGUGGAUUUCAAAAUUUAGUGUAAAAUAGCAAAGUUAGAAACAUUUUCCAAAUCUUGAAUUCCUAGCAAUUCUUUAAAAGAAAAAAAUAUAUAUUUACUGUUCUAUAUAAUUUCAUAUCCAGUAUAACAAUUUUUAGCUUUAAAAUAAUUUUCCUUGGUGAGCAGAGCCAACACUAACUUGAGAUGGUCGCACUAUUAGCGAGCUUCAGGCCGUCGAUUAGUGGCUUUGCAUGAGCAUUAGAUUGCUCUCACUAACUCCACUUGGAGCAUACAAAUAUCCAUUGACUGUGGAAGGUAGCGGUAGGGACUGUAGUGGGGGAUAGGAGCUACUUUUGGAAGGUAGGGACUGUAGUGUAGUAAGCGGCUUUAGUAGAAGUGUUAAAGGCUGUAGUGGGGGCUUAGGAGUGUAGUAAAGAGUAAGGGGGCUUUUGUAGGGGAGGUUAGGGGCUCUAGUGUAUGGGUUGGGACGUAGGGGCUGCAGAAAAAAAAAGUGUAUUCACUCCUCCCUGAAGCUUACCUUGGGUCAGAGAGGGGGAAUCCUAUUCCCUGUUGCUCCGGUAAGAGAUGUGCUGUUUUGUCUGCACCCCCAGUGUGUGCUGACAGUUCCUUCCAGCAGCCGCCGGGGAAAGGACAAGUGGUGUAGAUAGAAGGGCAGCAGCGAAGCAGGGCCAUCGGAAGCCCUCUCAUCAUGUCACCCCCCCGUCUUAACUUAAUUAAGUUUUACCCUCUAAUGCAGGCUUCCCCAAACACCGGCCCUCCAGAUGUUGCUGAACUGCAACUUCCAUGAAUCUAAGCCUAUCUAUUUCAUUCAUAGAAUCAUGGGAGUUGUAGUUCAGCAACAUCUGGGGGGCCGGAGUUUGGGGAAGCCGGCUCCAAUGCCUAUUGAAUUUGGUUUGAUUUAUUUACAUGCAUUCUCUAUCUUUUGUCUUCUCUGAUUGACCCCUUGAGCUACAUUAUAUUUGUUCCGGUUUCCCUGUAAAUUUUACAACUUUUCCUGGGAUGGCCCAUGGCACACUUAUUAAAUAGCGUGGGUCCUCACAUUGUUGUCUAUUGGAUAUAGCUGUUAGUGAAUUGAGACCAUUUAUGUAAUUAGCUUUUAUAUUCUAACAAUCUCAGCUUGAGUUUAAUUAAUCACUAAACUAGCAAUAUGGUGCCUUUGGAAGGGGGGGAGGGUAGGUGGAGAAUGUUGUUUUGUCUGGUUUAUUUUAAACCAUAUGUUUAGCAGUGAAUCUGAGCAUACUCAAUAUAGAGGUACCAUAUAAUAAUAAAACAAACUAGAUUUGCUUUUUACAUAUAUAUAUAUAUAUAUAUAUAUUUUUUUUUAUUUUUUAUUUUUUUUAAAGUACAGUCAAAUAUUUAAGGCAGUAUAUCUCUGUAUAAUCUCAUGCUACAGGUCGUUUAUUUCCAGAUUCUAAAUAAGUGAUUUAUUGUUAGGCCAUAUGCCCAUGUGGGUUACAAAUGCCAGUUGACCUAAAAGGGACACUCCAGAUUUUAGCUUGUUGAAGUGUUUUUUGUGAAGAGUAGGAAGUCUGUGAUUGGACAGUCACAGAAAGUCUGGGCGAGGUUAAAAAUGGAGGGCUUGCAAAGGCAGAAAUGCAGCUCAUGCAAACUGUUUUUAAAUAUAACUCCAAUAGAUAGAUGCAUAAUUAAAUUUUUCAGGGGAGAUAUAGCUACUGAAUAGUGAUUUAUUUAUUUUAUUUGAUCAGUGGAGUUUCCCUAUAACGGAAGUUUGUUUCUUUAAAGAGGAACUGUAACUUCUCAGGGAAUUUAUACCAUUGAAUAAAACAUUGAAAAUGACAUUUAACUGUAUUUACUUUUUAAAUAAGACACUGUUUUCUUGUAAAAUCAUACUAAGGAUUUAGCAAAUAACAACAUAUAAACACCAGUUCAGACAAGGACAGAACUUGAGAAAGGAGCUUGUGAAAUAGAAAUAUCUUUUCAUUUCUCCUCUUCUCUAAGUUGACUGCCAGGUGCAAAGGACAGAGCUUUUAACAAUGAUUGACAGAGGCUAAUAUGGAGAGGUGUCCAGUUGCAGGAUACACACCUUACAAAUACAUAUUUGUUAAAUAUAGAGAAAAUUAAAUAUAUAUAUAUAUAUAUAUAUAUAUAUAUAUAUAUAUAUAUAAUUUUUUUUUUUUGCCUUUAUAGUUUGUAGAAAUCUGUAGUCACUGUCAAGUUUAUAUGCAAUGGGAUCCUCUGUACAUACUGUAUUGUAACUGCAACAAUUUUUGAAUAAUCACUGCAGCUAUAAGUCUGUCACUUCAUUCAAAUGUAUGAUGGGGUGGGGAAAAGUAUAGCUUCUCUCUGCAUAUAAAAGUACUACAAGUGGUGCCUGGAUAUAAUGCAGACAACUGAACUCCUCCUAGAAAAUCUUGCUGUAAAAACUCUCUGGCUUUGAAAGCUGUAAUACUUAUGAGAAUAAACAGAAACCUUUUAAUGUUGUACUACUGUUAAAUCUCAGCUCAUGUUUCAGCUCAACUGUGCCAUUAAUAUAAAAAAUAACAUUUUUAUUUUUUUAGAGUAUUGCAUAUGUUAUCAUUUAUUUGUAUGCACUUGGGUCAUUUUUUUUUUUUUUUAAUGCUUUAAUUUGACGUUCGUGGCUUGAAAGACAUGUUAACAAUACACAACAGCGCAGAAAGUCGUAUUUGACAAUAUUCAUUGAACAGAUAGUGUGGGUAAUAUUACCACUUUUUAUAUUUAAAAAUGACGUGUGUUGCCCUAGAUGGUGGAAGUUUUUUUUUUUUUAUAAAUCCAAUAACAUUAUUAAGCAUAACAUCGAGAACCUAAUCUAGGUUGAUUGAUAGAAGUGUGUUCUUUUCUUCUUUUAUCAGGGCUGCUCAAGAUACUACCUACAGAAGGGUUGUUUUAAAAAUAGGUGUUAAAGCAGGAGAGAGUGAGGGACGAAUGGUAAUUAGCCAGGAGACAGCAGGUUAAAGAGAAAUGGGGGAGAAAUGAGAGUGCAUGGGAAGGGAGGUUGAGGGGGGAGGUAUGAGAGAGCAGGGGAAGGAAGGAUGGGGGAAGUGUGAUGGACCACCUGGCACCCUGACUGGGUACCUCCGUAAAGCUCGCUUCCUAGCUCUCCACCAAGACACAGGAGUGCUUCAGCCCCUAGCCGCCGCAGCUUGGCUGGGGUCUCAAUGUCGCUUCCUCCCCUGGAACAGGGUCCUGGGUAAAGCUUCAAGGGAUUAAGCUCUCCUGCAGAGAGUAUAGCUGAUCCACCCAAACACUAGCCCAGACUGAGUGAAGGGUGAAAAGGAACUGCUUUAUUAUGACCAAGUUGCCUGCUUAUAUGCACAACCCCAAGCAUGGUGUCUCCACAAAAUACAAUGCAAGCCCCUCCCAAAGAUCUCUGUGCCUGGGAGAGAAUUGAGUUAAAGACCGGUAAGCAAAUUGUAACGGCUACCCCAAUGGGAGAAGGGGUAUCAGCCGUUGGAGACGUCCUUCUUCCUGGCAAGAUGCUGUGGAGUUGCUUUAUCCCAUCCGCUGGAUCCAAGUAGAGAGUAAGGCAGAGCUCUUAAAAGAGCUAGUGAUUACGCUGGGCAGGUUCCCUUUCAAGAACGAGGCAAGGCUACGUUUUGAAGGGUGAAGUAGAAAUGACUCCACUGAGCGUUUAUUGCUGCUUUUAUGCAGGAUUUUACAGUAUUGUCACCACCCACUGGACCAUGUGGGGCACCAACAAUGCAAGUAUAGCAGCCAAUCAGGCACAAUGUUAUAAUAGAAACACACCCAGUAAUUACAGUACAUUCCUCCCCUCUGCUUGGGAGAUAAUUGAGUUAAUCUUUGUAUCAGCUCAACUAUCUCAAAGCUAAAAAAUAUACUUUUUCACACUUAUUAUAACUUCAAAACUAUGCAUGGGAUUUCAACAAAAGUUACAUUUUCAUAAUCAAUCCAUUCAUGGGAACAAUAUAUCCAAUAUAUCCAAAAAUGGCACAAAUUGGACCAGGGGUUCAGAAGUUAGUAAAAAUGUGGAUAUGACCGACUUCGUAUGUUUGUAUGCCCAAAAUAGUUCCAUGAUUUCAGUCCCGGCGGUCGGUCUAUUUUCCUGUUGUAUUAGCUGUAAAAUGCACGAACGGAACUGUUCGUGCCUCCCCUCAUUGGAUGUAGAUUGCUCGUAUGAAGAAACCCACGAAUUAGCACUUUGUUCGUAUGUUUCUAGUUGAACGCACUGAAGGUGGAAGUUCAGCGGUGUUUAUGGAAAAAGGUGGCCGCAAUCCGUUCCACGCAGUCGACGACCAAACACCAGUGAGUGCGUUCGACUAAACAAAAUGGCCGCUGCCAUGUGUUCAUACAAACGAAUGCUGACCACCCUGAUAAACCAUUAGAAUGUUGAGGUGUUUGCGAUUUGCACAGGUCAGUAGGGUUAAUUGGUGCCACGCUCCUGUGCUGGGUGGUCGGUCGUUCAACUGAAUAUUCGGUAAAUGAAUGAUUAUGGCCAAAUGCACGAUUAAUUCAUUUUAGUGAAGGAAACCACACGAAUGGUCUCUGUUCUCAGUUCUUAUGCAGCAAAUAUAUAGCUUACACAAAUUUUCUCCCAGGAACAGAGAGGUAAAAACAUAAAAAUAAUCCAAAACAUCAUAAAAAUAUACAGUAACUCCACAUAACAUACAUCCCCAAAUAGCCCUGAUCUGAGCACCCAAGCUCUCCAGAUAGCGCUCAGAUCUAUGCAGUAUAGGGGAAAAGCUACUGUGUUAAAGUUCUGACCAGCUCCACACAUGGUCCUAUACGUCACAGGAGGUACGAGAGAGCAGGGGGAAGGAAGGGGGAGGUAUUAGCAAGCAGGGGACGGAAGGAUGGGGGAGGUAUGAGAGAGCAGGGGGUAGGAUUGGGGAGGUAUGAGAGAGCAGGGGAAGGAAGGAUGGGGGAGGUAUGAGCGAGCAGGGGAAGGAAGGAUGGGGGAGGUAUGAGCGAGCAGGGGAAGGAAGGAUGGGGGAGGUAUGAGAGAGCAGGGGAAGGAAGGAUGGGGGAGGUAUGAGAGAGCAGGGGAAGGAAGGAUGGCGGAUGUAUGAGAGAGCAGGGGAAGGAAGGAUGGCGGAUGUAUGAGAGAGCAGGGGAAGGAAGGAUGGCGGAUGUAUGAGAGAGAAGAGGAAGGAAGGAUGAGGGAGAAAAGAAGGAAGAACUUGAUGAUCAAAUGGACCAAGAGUUCCUUGAAAAAGAUUCUAAAUGUUUUUGUUUUUUUUUGGCAUAUUUCUUAUUCUCGGUUGGUGCAGAAAAAGGAGGUUGGUUAGUAGUGUGUAACGAGAUACAUAUCUACUUCGUACAAAACAAUAUAAACACUACUAUAGAUAGUAACCGUAGUGAAAUAUGUACAAAUACUUAACUUAAAUGUUAUAAUGCAGCCUCCCAAGAUCGUUACCCAAAGAAGACGACCUUUUCAUAUAUAGAUAACCACAAACAACACAAAACUUCGGGAUACGGCUGAAAAUGAAUCUAAAAGGAACAUAAAAAUAUACAAAAUAGUGAAGUACAAUUAACACACUUUUAUGCGCUGUAUAUAGAUGCACUCACAGAAUUGUGUAGAAUAUAUCGCUCAUAGGGUGCCUCCCCCGAUUGAAAUGGGGGGCUAGUAAUCCCCUGGCUCCUUGUGAGAAUCCUUAAUAAUGCUCAGGACUCCAAACGGGCAAUGGUAGGAAAAAAAGUGCUUUUAUUGAUAAAAGGUGAAUAAUCACCAUCAAUAUAGAAUAUAAUUAAACCAUACCGUUUUUCUUUUAAUUAUAGAUUACUAGCCCCCCAUUUCAAUCGAGGGAGGCACCCUAUGAGCGAUAUAUUCUACACAAUUCUGUGAGUGCAUCUAUAUACAGCGCAUAAAAGUGUGUUAAUUGUACUUCACUAUUUUGUAUAAUUUUUAUGUUCCUUUUAGAUUCAUUUUCAGCCGUAUCCCGAAGUUUUGUGUUGUUUGUGGAUAUCUACUUCGUAACCUGGCUGCAGCAUUUAGUGUCAUUUUUUCCUGGAAGCUUGAAAUAAUGGUAAUGCAGAAUGAUUAACAUGGAGAACUAGAACUGGCUAGACAUGUAGAUCUAUACAAUUUGUGCCAAUUACGGUGCCUUUUAUUUUUGAUAGUUUUGUGACAUCACUAUUUUUCUUGUCAAUUUUCUAGGUUGAUUUGAACUUAUUACUAAGGGAAACAUGGGGGCAAAAGAGAAAUUGGAAGCCAUGCUUAAUGUGGCACUUCGUGUACCAAGCAUCAUGCUCUUAGAUGUCUUGUAUCGAUGGGAUGUAAGCUCCUUCUUUCAGCAGAUCCAGAGAAGUAACCUGAACAACAACCCACUCUUUCAGUACAAGUACCUUGCUCUUAAUAUGCAUUAUGUUGGUAAGUUUUUUUUUGGUUUUUUUUCAGAAUAUUCUUUUUGUAUUUUCUGUUACUUAUGUUACCUCCUUAUUUUAUUGAGUAAAUUGGUUCAAACCCCAUUAAUCGUAGUCAGAAUGUCAGCGUGUGAAGUAUAAAAUAUCCUUCUUAAGUAUUCUUUAGAUAUGUAAAAUGAGGCUGCUAGUAAGAUUAAAAGAAGUGGCUAUUCAUCCCCUUUUUCUACAUGUAAUUUAAAAGCUGUGAAGGUGAUAUUGUUUGCCGAAAAAAAUUACAUUGAUGACAAAUUACCAACACGUGUCUUUUACACAUUUCCUUCUGUGUAAGUACAUAUAUGUAAAUAAUAUGGUUUGUUUACAAGUUAGUUGUGGUGUGCCAAAACUGAUAAACGUGUUGAUCUGAAUAAAGAGGGGCCACCUACAGAAAAUAACUUAUUUUUAUAGGGAGUGGUGGGUGGGCUUCCUGGUGUUAGAAAUAGGCAGGAUAAUCACUUCAACAAUUAUUUUCUCAUGUGUGAUCGGGGACCAGAGGUGCAUGAAAGGAUUAAGAAUAAACAAUAUGUGUGCAUGCGGGUUGUCUGUGGUAUGCUGAAACCAACAAGCGGAUAGGCCUGAAUAAAGUGGGAAAUGUAUUAAAUCCAUCUCUAAUUGCAUCGAAAUAAUAAUUGACUGUCAACUUAGUGGCUUGACCCAUUCCCUGACUGUUUGUGGGAUCUGUGUUUUGAAUUUUACCUUGCCCAUCUUCUUUACUGUGUUGGCAGAAAAGGAACUAAAGGCCACCUGUCUGAUUUCAGUAUAUAUGUUCAGUUAAUUUUUACUAGGUCCAUUUCCUAUGCCCAGGGAAAUAACCAGUGUUAUAUGGUGGAACUGAAUCCUCAUGUUUGUUUCCUGAGAGAGGUGAUUGUAAGUAGUCUUAUAAAAGCCAGUGCUGCUAAUCUCCGCUCGUUACCUGUAUAAAAAACACCUGUCCAUAGAAGCAAUCAAUUAGAUUCCAAACUCUCCACCAUGGCCAAGACCAAAGAGCUGUCCAAGGAUGUCAGAGAUAAGAUUGUAGACCUACACAAGGCUGAAAUGGGUUACAAGACCAUCGCUAAGCAGCUUGCUGAGAAGGAAGAAACACAAAAUAACUGCCAGUCUCCCUUGGUCUGGUACUCCAUGCAAGAUCUCACCUUGUGGAGUUUCAGUUAUCAUAAGAUCAGUAAGGAAUCAGCCCAGAACUACACGAGAGGAUCUUGUCAGUGAUCUCAAGGCAGCUGGGACCAUAGUUACCAAGAAAACAAUUGGUAACACAUUACGUCGGUGGCUGAAAUCCUACAGCGCCCUCAAGGUCCCUCCUGCUCAAGAAAGCUCAGGUGCAGGCCCAUCUGAAGUUUGCCCCCCCCCCCCCACCGUUUUUUAAAAUUCUUAAAAGGGUCAACCUAAGAUUAUGACUGCCUCUUCUACUCCUAACAUCAGUUGAUAAAUUCUCUCUUGGCUGCUACCUGGCUAUUCAGCAGCUCUACACAUCCUGUUUUAUUCUAUUUCUUUUCUUUGGGGGAUGGGGUGGUUUACUGAUGUAGAUGGGUUUAAAUAUAAAAAUAUGUGUGCUUGUUUACAGUGUAUCGUAUGUAGUACAGUAAAUCCACUUGCAGUUGUUUGGAAUGUUCCAUUUCAUAAGUGCUCCCACAGCGCCAAGCCUGCUAGAUCCAGGUGCUUUAAACUUCAUGUAGUUCAAAUAAGGCCACAGGUGCAAGCAGUGUUUUGCCAGUGUUUGAUAGUCUAACCAAUUCUCAACUCAUGACUAGCAGGGAUGUGAGAGAACAUAAGUUUUUUGGCUUAUAAAAACCGUUUGGGUUAAAAGUACAUUGAGCAAUGAUGUGCAUACUACGCUAUAAAGCUUUUUUUUUAUUAUAUAUAUUUAUAUAUAUUUUUUUUAAAUAUAUAUAUAUAUAUAUAUAUAUAUAUAUAUAUAUAUAUAUAUAUAUAUAUAUAUAUAUAUAUAUUCACUCAAAUCUCAAUAUAUAAAUACACACACAAGUAUAUUUUUUAUAUUUGUAGUGUGUGUAAAUGUAUGUAUAUGUGUGUUUUGGUGAGUCAGACGUUUGAACUAUAUGUACAUUUGUUUGUGUAUACACUCACAAACUGACCUCUAAAGCACCCUUAAAGGGACAGUCUGAGCAUCAAAACCUUAAAUGUUGUGCCAUGGUAUCAUUCCCCACCCAUUGUAAGUAGUAAAACCAUUUUCAAGAAAGGUUUGAUUUCUUACCUGGGGUCUUCCAGGUACCUCUCCCUGCUUCUACUAAUCACAGUUAAUGAAUAUGAUUUUUAAGAAAAGUACAGCUUCCUGUGUUUUCACGUAAACCCUUAUGCAGAAAGUUAAAAAACAGAUGGAGCUAAGGUGCAAGUGUUUGUGUGUUUUUUAUUUUUAUAUUCAGCUUGUGGGCUGAUUCACCACCUUUGCUGUUACAUUUGGAUUCAAUAUUAAGUGACAGGGUUGUGAUAUUGCUUGUUAAGUCUAGAUCGUGUCUUAUACACAGUCUGCUUAGGUCCAACAGCAUAUGCAUGAAGCUACUUGAAUAUACUCCCUAAUCUGGGUUCAUCAGGACAGGUGAACAGCCUCCUGUUCAUGAGAUCUCCCUAAAGAAGCUGCAAACCCUGGGCAUUUCCAGCAAAUGAAGGAAUAUAAUUUGCAAUACAGUAUUCAUUCUGGACUAUCACUUUAAUUGUGCUUGUCGGUACCACCCAAAAAUUCUAUGAAUUCCUAGUUGUGUAACUAUCAAACACACAUAAAGUGUUUAUGGUAAAAUGGCUCUCUAAUGCUCAAAAUAUGCACUUUUCACAAACUUAUAUUUCUUGCUUAAAGGAAGUUGUUAAUAAGCAAUUGAUCUCCAUUUGCAUGAAUUCAGGAUAAAUGUUAAGAAUAAUAUAUGCAAUCACAAAAAUGUCUGAAAGUUAAAUUUUUUAAUCACCAAGCAUCUUUAGUUUAUCACUUAACAGUUAUAAAAUGCCGAUCUUAAGUACUCAUCACAGCCUCCACAGUUUUUCAGAUGUCUGUUAUGUUAUCGGUUUUCAUUUUUAGAUAAUACCAUAACUUUAAAGUCAACCUUACACUUUUUUUUUUUUUUUAAAUUGAAAUUGAUUGGUUUGGGGUAAUGAUCAGAUGGAUUAAGUCCCCCUAAUGCUCCCUAAGCAUCCUAAAAGAAAGUGUUUGCACAGCUGUGGCUAACAGAAGUUAUCGUUACAUUAGAACUGGGCCACUGCAAUGUGUUCCACUAUUCUAUGGUAUCACUUUAUAUAGAUAACAGAAACCUUAAAGGGACACUAUAGUCACCAGAACAACUACAGCUUAUUUGUUCUGGGAGUAUAAUCAUUCACUUCAGGCUUUUUGCAGUAAACGCCAUCUUUUCAGAGAAAAUGCAGUGUUUACAUUACAGCCUUGGAAUACCUCCACUCGCCACUCCACAGAUGGCUGCUAGAGGUGCUUCCUGGGCCAGUGCUGCACAGUGUGCAGCACCAUUCAGUGUCUCCACCCUCUGCCUGGAGUCACUGAACUUUCCUCAUAGAGAUGUAUUGAUUCAAAGUAUCUCUAUGAGGAGAUGCUGAUUGGCCAGGACUGUGUUUGGCUUGUGCUGACUCUGCCCCUGAUCUGCCUCCUUGACAGUCUCAGCCAAUCUUAUGGGAAAUCAUUGUGAUUAGCUUAGAGGUUCACUUCUGAUGUCAGCCAAGCAGGCAGAUCAGGGGCAAAGCCAGCAGCUGCAGAUUAGAAUAAAAGUAAGAUUUUGCUAUUUUUCGAGGGGGGAGGGGGUGGAUGGUGAUUUUAAAACUAUUUGGUCAGGAACACAUUUGUGUUCCUGGCCCUAUAGUAUUCCUUUGAGCUGCAGUUGAUAUACCAUUUAUUAACUUUCUGCACUUUUUUUUUUUUUUUCUGAACCAUAGCACCAUUGCCUGUCUGAUAUCUGGCAUUGGACUCUCAAGAAAAAAAAAACCUGAUACCUAUAUUUGUAAAGAGCUAAAAACUAUAGAGCGAUUACAUUAUGGGCAUUCUUCCAAUUCUUGUAAGUGUAUGUUAAAAAAAAAAAAGUGGGGCACAAGUAGUAAUUAACCCCUCCCUGACUGCUGACGUAUCAGGUACGUCCGACAAAAAUGGUCCUUAAGGACCGAGGACAUACCUGAUACGUCCGUAUGUAAUUAAAGUUCUGGAAGCGAUCAUGAUCGCUUCCAGCAGCUCUAAUGGUAUUACAGUGAUGCCUCAAUGUUGAGGCAUUGCUGUAAUGCCCCCUUCACUGCCGAGGGCCACCGGAGAUUACCGGGUGAUCGUUCCCCCUGGAGCGAUCACUUCCCGGUUGCUCGACGUGGAGCCCAGUAUUUAGACAGAGCAUUGGAAGCCUUCAGGCAAAAAAUUAUUUAAAAACAAUUCAAUUUAAAAAAAAUUAAUCCCUACACUCCCUCCCACUCCCAUGUACUUACAAAUCGCUGCGUUCCCCCGCCGCCGAUGGGUCUUUUUCUUUGGGGGGGGGACUCUCUGGACUGAGCCCAGAGAGUCCCCCCUCUCCAAUUUAGGACCCCCAGGGGCCAUGUGACCGCUCUAAAAGAGCGGUCACAUGGCCCCAUAGGUGUCCAUAGUGCUGCCAACGGGGGGACUGCCUGAACUGACAGGCAGUCCCCCUGUUGGUAAAAAAAAGUAUAAAUUAUAAAAAAAUAAAAAAUUUAAAAAUUUAUAUAUAUUCUCAAUAUAUCUGUAUAUCUCUUGUAUAUAACAUCAUACUAAGUGUAUUUUUUUUAAUUUAUACAUAUGUACGUUUACACGUUAUUUAAUUUUUGUGUAUAUAGUUUUGCUUACUAAAGUUUAUUAUCUUGUAUUGAUUUUUACUUAAGAGGUUAUUUGUGAUGUAGGUUGGCUCCCUUAGUUCACACUAUUCUUUUUCAUGGUUCAAUUUCUAUGGUUAUACUCUUUAUUACCUCUGUAACCCUCGUCUAACCCAUUGUUUAGGUUCUUCUAUCCUUAUAUACACUGCUCAAAAAAAUAAAGGGAGCACAAAAAUAACACAUCCUAGAUCUGAAUGAAUUAAAUAUUCUUCUGAAAUACUUUUGUUCUUUACAAAGUUGAAUGUGCUGACAACAAAAUCACACAAAAAUUAAAAAAUGGAAAUCAAAUUUUUCAACCCAUGGAGGUCUGGAUUUGGAGUCACACUCAAAAUUAAAGUGGAAGAACACACUACAGGCUGAUCCAACUUUGAUGUAAUGUCCUUAAAACAAGUCAAAAUGAGUCUCCGUAGUGUGUGUGGCCUCCACGUGCCUGUAUGACCUCCCUACAACGCCUGUGCAUGCUCCUGAUGAGGUGGCGGAUGGCCUCAUGAGGGAUCUCUUCCCAGACUUGGACUAAAGCAUCCGCCAACUCCUGGACAGUCUGUGGUGCAACGUGACGUUGGUGGAUGGAGCGAGACAUGAUGUCCCAGAUGUGCUCAAUUGGAUUCAUUUCUGGGGAGCGGGUGGGCCAGUCCAUAGCAUCAGUGCCUUCGUCUUGCAGGAACUGCUGACACACUCCAGCCACAUGAGGUCUAGCACUGUCUUGCAUUAGGAGGAACCCAGGGCCAACCGCACCAGCAUGUGGUCUCACAAGGGGUCUGAGGAUCUCAUCUCGGUACCUAAUGGCAGUCAGACUACCUCUGGCGAGCACAUGGAGGGCUGUCCCCCCAAAGAAAUGCUACCCCACACCAUUACGGACACUGCCAAACCGGUCAUGCUGGAGGAUGUUGCAGGCAGGACAUAUAUAUGUAUAAUAUAUCAUAAAAUAAUUAAACCAUUUUAAAAUAUAUUAUACAUAUAUAAUGCAUAUAUAUGAUUUCAUUAUAAGUGUACUUUGAGAUAUAUAUACACACAUAUCUCAAAAUACACUUAUAAUGAAAUAUAUAUGUAUGAUAUAUUAUAAAAUGCUUUUAAUUAGAAUAUAUUUUACAUAUAUAGGAAAUAAAAGUGUGUCCCUCUCUCUCUCUCUCUCCCCCCCCUCUGUAUUUUAUAUGCAAAUAGCAAAUAUUAUGAAAAAAAUAUAAGGCACUAUUUAAUUUAUAGUAAAGUAGCAGUGUAUAUUUGAAGUUGCUUUGAUCUCUGUCUCAUCUAGGCCCCUACACUCUGCCGAAGACCUGCGUCUAUCUUCUACUCGUGCUCCCACCUCUGAUGCUCGCAUUCAAGACUUCUGUAGGGCUGCACAAUUCCUAGACGUUCACCAAGUCUCCACUCCUUCAAAAAAUGAUUUUAAAAAAAUCACUUUUUCACAAAAGCAUAUCAAUUAAACUUAGUGGCUCCAAACCCACACUGUCUAUAUUAAAUACUAUUCUACCAAUCCACUUCCCUAAUACUUCCUUUACCUUUUGCGUCAAUACCCCAUUUCCUCUAGCAUUUAAGCUCAUUGAGCAGGGCCCUCAGCCCCUCUGUUUCUGUGUGUCAAACUUGUCUGGUUACAGUUACAUGUUUGUUAGUCCACCCAUUGUAAAGCACUACGGAAUUUGUUGGCGCUAUUUAAAUAUUAUAAUAAUCUCUUUUUACUAGGAAGUAGCAUGGCCAGGAGCUUCUCAUUUUGAUCCACAGAGUCUGAGCUGUUGAAAAUGUUAAAUCCUGCACUACUAGUGUUUUGAACACAGAUUGGGCAUUAGAAAUGAAACAAUCACUAGUGUAUACAUGAAAUAACAAACACUUUUAACAAUGUCAAACUGCCUUUUUAUCUUCACACUGUUUGGUUCUUGGGGGCUCGAACAGAUAAAAAAAAAAAAAAAAAACCCCUGUGCACAACCAUAGCAUCAAGACCUAGAGUUUAUGUGACUUCUACUUCCUUUACAAGAAUUGUACCUAUGCAAGUAGACUGUGCUUGCUGAUGGCAUGGUGACCAGGAGGGUGGGCUUAUGAAGCUAUAACAUAAGGUACCUCUUGUUAGCGACCAGCAAGAAGGGAAGUAUUUUAGACUGAGGGAUGUGGUUUAGAAGAAUGGUUUAUGAAUAAAAUGCUGCAAAUGAUUUAUUUUUGAAUAUUUUGUGAAAUUAAACAUGCACCAAAAAUACAGCAAAUUAUUUAGGUUCAAAGCUUCUAUUGUCCUACUCUGAGCAAGCAGAGACCGCAUUAUUUACAAAGAAUGUUGCUGCAGUACUUUGAUUUUUAAUGGAUUAUUUAGUACACUGAAUUAGGUUAAAUGCAGUACUCUUUCAUGAGUUAUGUUUUAGAUUGUUUCCAAGUUCCAUAAUAAAUUCUUCCUUUUCUUACAGGUUACAUCCUGAGUGUCGUGCUUCUGACUUUACCCCGACAACAUCUGGCUAAACUAUACCUCUAUAUGGUAACUGCUCUGCUGCUUUAUACGGGACAUCAGAUCUCCAGGUAUGCUACAUUACAUAAGCUGCUGUAGUCCAGAAAAAAGAUCUGACGAUUUAACAUAAGAAGCAACAGAAUGUCAUGAUUCUAGAUCGAAGUGCAAGAACUAAAUUUAGAAUGGGGGCGGGGGGGCAAGAAUUACACAUGCGCAUCAAAGUAGCUAAGAGUUUUUUUCAUAUAUGGGUGAGUACCUUUUUAACCACUUAUGGUCUGUCGUCAUUACAAUCUGAUCUUUAAAGAUUCUAUUCCAAAAUGAACUUCCUUUCUAUUAUCAAAUGCAGGGCUGCAAGAAACAAAAAGGAAAUUCCAUGCUGGAAUAAGGUCGUUAAAGAUCAUAUUGUGGUGACAGCAUGAUGUAAGUUGUCAAACUUUCAACUUUCUCCUAAAGAGAAUCCUACUCAUGAGGCUUAACACUGUAACAUUUGAGUUGUCACUCUCAUAUUCUUCACCACUUUGUAACCGAUUCCAUAAUCUUUAGGAAGAAAAUGUAUUGAAAUUAAUCCUACUGCAAGUAACACACAUUCUAGUAGAGAUUGCUGUUUACAGAACAGUGUAAAGAGAGUAGAUGCAUUGUAUCCGUGAUCUGCAACCAUGACUUAACAUAUAUUGCCAAGUGACAUUUGUACACUUGCAUAGAAGCUUUCCAGACAGAUUGGUUUCUGUUUUUUUACUUCUGUAUACGGAUUCCCCUGGGCUUAGCUUUUUUUUUUUUUUUUCUCUAGAUAUGCAUACACGGUAUUGGGUAUCCACUCAACUCUGGGAAUUUUAGAAAUUCCCAACCUUACUGUUUUUUGCCCAAGACAAUCCCCUGCCCAACCUUGUAGGAAAAAAGGGAUAUCCUCUCUGCGCUGUAAUCAACCAAUGUAACCAGGAAUUUUGAUAUGGACCGUAUAAACCGUUCAGUAAUGUUUAUUCACUAAGUGGAUAAAAUUAUAUAAUGGAGCAAAUUACAAGAAGUUUACAAAUUUAAGGCCAAAAUACCAAGCUUAAAGGAACAUUCAAAGCACCUGAGUAUAUAGAGGUAACAAAGUGCCCUGCCCAACCUUCUCUUUCCAUUGUAAGUAGUCAAACUGCUUAACAGUUAAACAACUUACCUGUGGUCUGCUGAGCACUGGUGUCUAACUACACUGAGAGCCAGAAGCACGUGCGUGGAGCACCUGUAAGCUCCCAUGAGUUGAACCCUGCCAAGCAGAACCAGCUUAUUGGCUGAGCGCAUCACUUGAUCACUUUCAGCCAAUGCACUAAGCCUUUCAUCUGUCGGCUUAUCUCAAGAGAAUGAACGUCUUUCAUAGAGGAGAUGAACUGUGCAAUCCAGGUAAGAUUUGACUACUUGCGUGAGGUUGGUGUAUGCACACUCAUGGAAAAAUAAAGACAACAGUACGCAUUAGUGGCUAUAGUGCUUGGAGUUGGAGAAUGUUUCCAUUUCAGCUAAUUAGGGGUACACUUUGGCAGUUCUUGGUAUAAUAUAAAUACCAUAAUAUUUUGUAGAGAAUAUGCAUGAAUGAUCCUGCUUAAAUUGAAGACCAUGUGUUGGUAUUCAUUAAAACUUAAUUUCUUUGUAUCUCAGGGAUUAUGUCCGGAGUGAGUUGGAAUCUGGCUAUGAAGGUCCAAUGCAUUUAGAGCCACUGUCUAUGAAUAGAUUUAUUACGGCACUAGUAGGUGAGUUACAUUUCUGUGCUUCCUGUCUAUCUUUUAUGUAUUUGAAAGCAUAUAGAAAUGACUAUGCAAUGUGCAAGUAACAUAUACUGGAUCGUGUAUGUUUGGUAUGGUUGAAUAGCUUAGUUUAUACACAUAAGAAAUCUGAGUAUUUUCCUUAUAAAAUUGGAAGAUUUGAAUAGAAUUAACUAAUAAGGGUUUUAUUGGGAAUACAUUGUGGGGAAAAUAAUUACUGGAUAGGGAAAGGAGUCCCUUUUUCUCUAUCAACUUUGAACUCUGCCUACUCCAGGAAGCUCUUUAAAUAUAGAAAAGACAUAUGACUGUCACUAGUAUAAAUGCAAAUCGUUUUAAAUAAUCUCCAGAUCAAAGUGCCUGUUUUUUUCACUUAUCAGCUUUCUACUCCUAAAAAUGGUUAGCUGAACUUCAACUCUCAGCUUCUCUGUGAGUACAUGUGCAUAUAUUUUAUUGAUCACUGCAGGUUAGGAGGUAGGGUUUAAAGGGAUAUGUGACCGCAUGCAGGGCUGGGGGAUGCAGUCCGUGCGCCCGCGUGCUGGGGAUGCAGUGUGUGUGUGUGUGCUGGGGAUGCAGUGUGUGUGUGUGCUGGGGAUGCAGUGUGUGUGUGUGCUGGGGAUGCAGUGUGUGUGUGUGCACAGGGAUUACAGCUGGCGUGUGUGUGCUGGGGAUGCAGCUGGCGUGUGUGUGUAUGUGCUGGGGAUGCAGCUGAGUAUUGUGUGUGUGUGUGCUGGGGGUUGUGGCGUGUGUGUGUGUGUGUGUGCUGGGGAUGCAGCGUGUGUGUGUGUGCGCUGGAUGCAGCCAGCGUGUGUGUGUGUAUAGGGGAUGCAUGUGUGUGCUAGGGGUUACAUGGCGUGUGUGUGCUAAGGGAUGCAGCAGCGUGUGUCUGCUAAGGGAUACAGCGUGUGUGUGUGUGCUGGGGAUGGCGUGUGUGUGUGUGUGCUAUAGGGGAUGCAGUAGCGUGUGUGUGUGUGUGCUGGGGAUGCAGCAGCGUGUUAAUGCUGAUGUGUGUACUGGAUGCAGCAGCGUGUAAUGCGUGUGUGUGUGCUGGGAUGCAGUGUGUGCGUGUGUGCGUGUGUGUGUGUGCUGGGGAUGCAGUGUGUCGCGUGUAAUAGCAGCGUGUACUUCCCGGGGAUACGGUAGUAAUGCGUGUGUAUCUUGGCGUGUGCUACCCAGGGAUGCAGUGUGUGUGCGUGUGUCUUGGCGUGUGCUGGGAUACAGUGUGUGCGUGUGUGUAGCGUGUGCUGGGGAUGCAGUGUGUGCGUGUGUGCGCGUGUGCUGGGGAUGCAGUGUGUGUGUGUGUGUGUGUGUGUGUGUGCUGGGGAUGCAGUGUGUGUGGCUUACUAUGUGUAACACACUGUGCACAUGAAACUUACCCUUACUCCUGCUCCUCACGUCCCCACAGCUGCUGCCUGACUCCUGUAUGCCGGCUCCUGCAUUAGGGAGCUCUUUCCUGCGGUGUGUGUGCUGCCCUGUGGGUGGUCAGCAUGCCAGACACGGAGUGGGUUUCUGCUGCUCUGCCCGUCCUACAGCAACAGGAGUAGCCCUGCCACAGCACCUGAAAGCAAAGUGAGCACUGAAGUUCCGGCUCGCCCUGCAGGUAAUGCGCCGGAACUUCAGUGCUGAACCUUCCCAUAACACGGAGUGCCCGGGCAACCCCUCCACCCUCCUCACGACGCCCCUGACGUAUUAGAAUUUGGGGCAGUCUCACUUCCCGCCCUGGCAGUGUGGCUGAUCGUGAAAAGCAAAGGCUUUCCCCAAAUGGCUAUUAUUUGAUUACAUAAUGACAGGGGCGGCAAAAUGCUGCCCCUGUCAGAGUGCCCCCUGAAACCGUGGCUCCAUCGUGGUCUACGGUCAGGCCAGCCCUGUAUCACACACACACAGUGUUUAACUGCUCUUUCUGAUUCCCUUAAAAAUGGACUAGUUAGAUGACUUGCUGCCUUAGACCUCUCAAUACUGCAUGAGUUAAAGUAAUCUACGCCCUGCAGUGCUCGUCUAACAAAAGGGUAUUUAACAAUUUCAUGUGGAACUGAUCAACUCUCAUUAUCAGAUCUCGAUUGUAUUAUUAUAUAUAUAUAUAUAUAUAUAUAUCUCUAUCUCUAUCUGUUAAGUGAAUAGAAGGUUGCACUGGAUUGCUGAAUGCUGGCAGCUUUUAACUGCAAAUCAUGUGAAGGGGCAGUCAAAUGGUGCCAGCACAUGACUAAUGUGCUAUAUUUGGAAAACCAGUUAAGCAUCUUAAACAUUUAUAGCAAAUGUAAAUGCAUUGCAAAAGUUGCUAUGAAAGCAGCAAACAUUAUUUUUCAUGUUCAGUAUAUCAAGUUACUUAGACCAAAUUUUUUGUUUUAGUUUUUAUUUAUGUAUUGAUGUAUAAUAUUUUGUUCAUCACCAUAAUAUGUGCAUAUAUUACAGGACAGUUGGUGGUUUGUACGCUCUGCUCUUGUGUGAUGAAGACUAAACAGAUAUGGCUAUUCUCGGCUCACAUAGUCCCGCUGUUGGCGCGCCUCUGCCUGGUCCCUAUUGAAACUAUCGUCGUCCUUAAUAAGUUUGCCAUGAUUUUCACUGGACUUGAAGUGUUGUACUUCUUGGCAUCUAAUCUCCUGGUCCCCUUUAACCUUGCAAAGACCGCAUAUAGAGAACUUGUCCAGGUAAGACACAGUCGACAAGUUGUGAUUAAAGAGUUGUUGCAUUUAAAAAAAAAAUAUAUAUACUUUUUAUGUUGAAGAACAGAGCUUUAUAAUAAAAUGAAUAUCCUUUGAAAGGCAAUCCUAAAAAUAAAUACAAAAUUAUCAGCUAGGACUGUAUAUUGUUAACAGUAUUAUUUCUAUAGUUUAAGGGGCUCUGUCACCAAAAACAUAUUGUUCUUCAAUCGAUUUCUCUUCUCUUACUCACUCCUAAUUCUUUUAUUUAUUUUAUUCGUUUCUGAUCUUUUUCUUCUAACAUACAUAAGGCAAAGGAGGGACUCUCUUAUCUUUUGGAUUUUUCCUCUACUUCGCAAAAGUGUGAGAGCUACAACUGUCAAGUUUCUUUCAUUUCCCCUGCUGUAGCUAGUGAUAGCUGUGGGGAAAAGGCAUUGUCUUGUUCAUUGUCAGGCGAUAUCUAUGGGGGAUCCUGCAGUCUUGCAGGAUCAUCCAUGACAUCAGUGUUUUGUACUCUCACACAUUUGCAAGAGUACAGCACUGCUCCUGGUGAUUGAAGAGCCAGGAGAUGAAGAAAGAUGAUGGCGGUGCCCGUCGAGAACAGCAACAGGUAAAUAUAUCUCCCCUCUGCUGCAUCCCUGGGCCAUGGCAGCAGCAAUGACACCAUUGGGGUACUUAUCAAAAUACGCAAAGACCCCUAAAGGUGACAGAGCCUCUUUCAAGUGUUAGGAUACAGGAUGUAUAUUUUACCAAUGUUUGUAAGGUAGCAUUAAGCUUAUUUGGAUGAUCCCUCAAAAAUUUAUUUACUGACGGAUUUGUUGGUUAGCUGACGCUAAUAUGACAGCGAACCUCCAGCGUAACACUUCAACAGCUUAAAAUAUAUCUUUGUGUGUCGUCUGGGAGGGUGGCUUCAGCAGAUUUCUGGUGGGACACCUUAAAUCUCUGUCCAGAAGAGUGCAAUUCUAGGAAAAUCUAAGAUACUGCUCAGAACCAAACAAUGAGGAAUGCACAAACAAUCCCAGAGAGAAAGGUGUGUGUAUGUAUAUAUGUAUACCAUACGAUGGAUAAAUUACACGAUGCUCUGAUACACUAUUUAUAUAAUCCAAAUUUUAGCCAGCACUCCAAAGAUAUUUUUUUUUUCAAAAAGUUUUUCUUUGAUAACCCAAGAUAGUUACAUACAAAAGUCAAAGUUUCAGUCAUCCCAAGUGGCUUUCAACAGGUAAUGCAUGUCCUGAGGAAAGACCCUUGGGAGGACUGAAACGUUGACUUUUGGAUGUAACGAUCUUGAGUUAUAAAGAAAAAUAACUUAUUAGUGCAGGCUGAAAUUUGGAUUGUGUAUAUGUGUGUGUAUAUAGAUGUCAGGAAUAUAAAUAGGAAAUUUGUUCCAUUUUUUUUAUUUAAUUUUUUUAAACUAACUGUAUGGGGGGAUCUUUAUCACAUGAUCCUUCAGCCAUGCAUAUGCGAAGUCAGUUGGGACAGUGCUUGAAUCCCACCAAUAAUCUCAAUGUUCUCCCUUGCUUCAUUCUCACAUCAUCAGACAUUGCCAUGUGCAGUCUGUGAACAGGUAAGACUAGCAACCGCCUGAAAAUCACAACGAUCAUGGUCUAUAUAAACUUUUUUUUACUGAAUUAACUAAAGCUGAUCAUUUUUAAAUUCGCUUUUUAAUAUUCUCUUUAUUUUGCACCCUCUAUAUAUCUUUCUACUUGUAAGGAAGCUCCUGACAGAUUUUCUAAUAAACUACUUUUGUCAUUUAUAGGACUUCAUUGUCAUUGCAAACAAUAAGAUCUCCAUGAGAUUUUCAUUUAAUAAAAGAUUAUUUUAAACACAUAUGCCUACCAACAUUUUCACAUGUACACCUCAAAAAUCAACAUAGUAAACGUGAUAAUAAUGACUGAUUUAUGAUUUGCCAAAAUGUAAAAAAACCUUUUUUAAAUUAAUUAAACUUCAUGUGAUAUGAUCUCAUAGCUCUCACAGUACAAGGCUAUGUGCUACAAAAUUGCAAGUGGGAUUUAAUUCACAACCAUCACACUGCAAGUCAAUGUAUCUAAACCUAUGCACCAUAGCCAUUGCAUUCGUUAGCAGGAGUUAGGAUUACUCAAACAUUACAAGACAAAUCUUGAAUGCUUUUACCCAUUCUUGUGGAUUGGGGACACAUAGACAUAAUCUCACAGUAGGGCUGUCAGGUCCAUUUGUUUGACCGCUCUGUCCGAUAUGCUUUACACCAAAGCAUGGACUAUUUGGCAGGGAAUAAAAUGUCAUGUUUUUGUUUUAUUUUAUUUAUUUAUUUUAAUUUUAUCCAUAAACUAAAUGACCUUCUACAAAAUUUUCAUUAAACAAAAAAAAUCAUAAAAUAUGGCUAAUGUAUUGCUUGCAUUUCAAGAAUUUGGUUGGUUGAAGUAUCCCUUCUCUAGAACUUUGCUGUUCUGUUGAUAUGGUAUACACUGAAACGGUAAUCAUUUUGGUAAUUCAAUGGGAUGGCUUCUGAAUCUAGAAUAACUGUUACAUGAGUCAGUUUCUUACAAGGAUUUUGUUACACAGGUGGUAGAGGUCUAUGGCCUCCUCGCUCUGGGAAUGUCUCUGUGGAAUCAACUUGUGGUCCCUGUCUUAUUCAUGGUGUUCUGGCUGGUCCUGUUUGCUCUUCAGAUCUAUACUUAUUUCAGCACCCGUGACCAGCCGACCUCCCGUGAGCGGCUUCUUUUCCUCUUUCUCACAAGGUACUGUUUUAGUUUCGGUUGAUUUUUAUUUUUAUUUUUUCCCUCUUCAGGUAUGUCCUGGAGAGUUUCCUAUCUGCUUUUAAGAUACACUAUAAAUAUAACCAAAUAAAAGGGAUCUAACAAAACCUAUGGAAAUCUAUUUCUGUUAAAGGUACAUGAUAGACACCCAUACCACUUAAUCUCAUUGAAGUGUCUGGGUGCAGUGUUCUUGUUUCAUGUUAUGGAGUUACCAUAGCAUUUUUACAGUGGCAUCAAUUAGAUUUUGUGUAUUCAAUUACUAUAAAUAUUCAUGCAAUGUUAAUGUUGUGAUGGCAUUGAGAACAAAGACACACUGUACAUUUUAAUAGAAUUGUCUUUUUAGUGAAUACAGAUUUUCUAUCUAUUUAGUGACUUUUAGAUCUUCAGUAACAUCCAAUUGAAAUGCCUUUUGCUAGGUUUGUUGAAGUUCUUUUCAAUUUAUAAGUGCCAUGUAUUUUAUUGAAAAAAGGUAAUAAAACAAAUACAUGUGUUUUUUAAAGGGAAGAUGUGUUCAAGUCCCCCCUUUUCUGUGCUGCUUUAUGUAACUUAUCCUUACUGUAUGAACCUGUAAGACAACAGUAAAUGAAACAUCUUAAAACGUGUAUUCAAUGGAAAAUACAAAUAUGGAUCAGUGCACAGACAAAUUAUACUGUUUACAUUUUUUUUUUUUUUAACCUAACGUAUAGUAAGUAGUGCUUUACUCACUGUAUAGACAUACAGCUAUGACAAAGUCAAAUAAAAAAAAAAAAGUUGCUUUUGUAAUGGUAAGAGAACAGAUUCUGAAUGCCAUCACUUAUUUAAAAUAAGCAACACUUGUUUAGUAGUCUUAUAAAGUCUUGCCAUGUAUAACAGUCCGGAGUGUGGGGCCAGUCAAGAUAUUUGUAAUCCAGUGUUAACAGUAAUAAAUAUGCACAGUGUGGGUUGCGAGUAGGAUUAGCACCCAACAGGGAACUCCUCUCUAUGUUAAGCAAAUUAAACUACUUUGGAAAAACAUGAGAGGAAAAAUUACUACGUCCAGCUAAUUUCUCAUUACUGUGUGAAUCGGUGUAAAUAACUAGUAAUGGAGAAGUGUAGUGUGGUCUUGGAAGGGCAUAUUUGUUAUCAGAGAUGAUGAUGGAUACGACACUUUGUAUAUGAAUUGUUAGGGAGUGGUUGAUACCAAGCAGAUAAGAAGCCUGAUCACGAGGCAGAGAUACUGUCUAUUACUGGGGUGGAAUGUUUAUUUAGUUGAAGCUAAGUUCAAUAAUAAUUGAUUUGGAAAGCAUAUUGCAUUCCUGAGAUAGUCUUGAGAUUAAAAUGCACUCUACCUUUCCUGUGGAAGGAUAAAUAACAGAGUUCCCUUGCUCUUCCAUGCCCUAUGAACUUGGUUUUGAUGCAGUUAACCCAUCAAGUUCCAAUUUGGUGCACAGUAACAUGACAACAUCCAUCCAUUUUGACCUUUUGCAUCUCUUUCUGCAAUGCCAUUUGAAAGGUAAAAAUGGACAUACGUCAGCAGAUAAUUCUGUAUCCUGUGAAAAGUCAAUGGAAUAAUCUCUCAUUGUUUGUAGUGGGUUGUUUGUUUUUCUUUUUUUCAUUCUUUUUGUUGUUUAAUAAUCAAAAUCUAGUUUACGUAGAAUUCAUUAACUAUCCACAUUUUUAAAAUAUAAGACACACCAACCAAUUCAGUAUGCUAACACCAGAUAUGAAAUGGGUAAGUGGGUGGAAUGUGGAAGUAACAGCAAAUGUCCAAUCCUCAUGACAUUUAAAAAAAAUAAAUAAAUACCAAAACAUUAAAAUGGGGAAAUUAGAAAGAUUUGAUAUAUUCUGCUAUGUCAGCUAGUGUGCAGGCUCCAAAAUGAGAUAAUGGAAGGCAAAAAUCACAAAAUGAAGAAAAACCUUUCACUGCCUCGGUCUUUGAGGCCAGUAGCUAGCUUAGAAGGUCCUCCAGCAGGACAAAGAGGAUGAUGUUGGCAUGGUCUUGGUCCAAUGUUUUGAGAAAGGCAGUGGUACCAAUCUCUAAUACUUUUCAGGGGUCUGGGCCUUAACUCAAUUAUAUGGCACAUUUUGAUAAAUCCACAUAAGACAGAGAGCAAGUCGUUAAAUUCCAUUAUGGUCAAAUCUCUCACAACUGUGAAGACCACAAUUUUCUCAAGGUGAGUAGUAACAAGUUGUAAGAUGAGAUCGCUAGAAGUAGAGCUAGGCCUAGGUGGAUUUCCUAUAGAAGCCAUCUAUGAGGAGUCCCUUGGCCUGUUUAGUAGGUAAAAGGUGUUGAAAAGGGUCAGAUUAGAAAAUGUCCAUACUCCAUACUUGGGGAUACCUCAGUUUUUAAGAUUCUUGUGAAGAAUUCUGUAGUCAUAUUCUGCACAUUACUGAGCCAUAUCCGCUUUAGUCUUCCCCUACGGCCCUAUUUUCACUGAAGAAAGCUUUUGGACAAACUGGAAAUUGUAUUUAAUUCUUUAGGUUAAGUGGCACAAAUACAGCUGUGUAGCUAGUUAAAAUAUAAACUCUUAGUGGCAGCAAAUUCAGGAGUGUUCAUACAAACAAAGGUUGGAGAAACACAAUCUCCAGGACAUACCUGAAAACUAAAGAAAUUGCCCUGUAUGCUUCCUGGAACUUUAAUAAUGUGUAAUCAAAUUACGUUACGUUUGGGUUGAAUUAAAAGUCAGGAUAAUGUAUUCUAGAUGGCGACUUGGGGGUUAAGGAAUAUAUUUAAUGAGUACUAUAAUAUUGUUAUACCUUGAGGUGUCCUACAGGUCUAUGGGUGGCUUCUGACUCUUGACUCACCCCAUUGUUGGACGCUAAUGGGCAAAAUUACGUGGUAAAUCCCAGGAAGCACGGAAUAUGGUAAAUUAGGGAAAGUAGCAGGAAACCAAUCUAUGUCCAAGAUUCAUAGAAUAAACAUUCCUGUUUUGUGGCAAUUACCUGGCUAAAGCUUUCCUAACUGGAAUGCAAUGGUAACAUAACUUCUAUCAUUAAUAGAAAGUGGUUUAUUUUUUGUUUUUUUUACAUUUAUUCUGCCAAUAUUUUUUGUGGCUCCGCAUUACAACCAUCACAAACUGUAGUUUGAACAAAUUAUCUGUUCCUCAUGAAUAAACGGUAAUUGAACUGAACCAUUAUUAUUAACCUAGCUCUGCUAUAAUAACUCUGAGCCGUGUAAAUAAAUAAUGCACUAGUUCCUUUGAUUAAAAUGUUCUUUAUUUAAAAUAAGAUCCUAUUAUUGAUUUCCACCUCACUUUUUACUUCAUCUCUGAAAUUCACAGAAUGUUAUCAGACUGAUAAGGUUUUUUGAUGAAUUCCUUCUACCUCUUCAAGAAAAACAAAGCUGGGUUGGUGCAGAACAGCUGGCUGUAAGCAUCUGAUGCUAUGGUUCACAUUUUAACAUGUAGGCAAAGAAAUCUAUAGCAAACUAGUUUAAUGGUUUUAAAGAAAUAAUACAUGUGCUCUGUUAAUGGCAGAAAGAAACUAGCCAGUUGUAUCAUUGCUACAGAUAACUAUCCUAAUGUGUUAAUAGUGAAGGUUUACAAGUGUUACUGAUUUAUUUUUAAAAUGAGAAGAUUAACCCAGGCUUGACCAUUACAGUAGAUCUAUUCCUUUAAAUGAAUACUCCAAAUACCAUAACAGUUCCUCUUCAACCCCCCAAUGCCUUGUUGCACUGUAAUAACUGCAAUAAACUGUAAAGUCUCAUUGCUUUAAGUAAAAUUCAUUUCCAGUGAUUUGAAAAAAACGUGUGAGAUUCCCCAAAGCACUAAGUCUCCUGAAAAUAUCAUAAUGAGAACUUUUCACUUUCUCCUCAUCUUUCCAUAUAUUUCUAUGGCAUGUAGUGACAGUCUGGAAACUCACUGUUCCAAACAUGUAUUCCUGAAGUGGCUGUUUAAGUGACCGGCCCCGCUUUGAUCAUGCUGGAAAGGUGAUAUUACGCUCCUUUUCUCCGCAACGUUCUCACCAUGGCUGGCCUUGCCUUCGUGGCUGAAAUCAUCAGUCUUGAUGAUCUCAGCCAAUCCAAUGCUGCUCCAUAGGGGAGGCUAUUGCACAUUCAUGGCAAACCGUUUGACUCAAUGCAUUUUUAUGGUGAGCGUUCAGCGUUUCAAUGCAGAGUGUGGAGAUGCUAAAUGUAGGUCCUGUGCAGCACUAGUUUAGGAAGCAGUCUGAGUGACUGCCACUAGAGGGGUUACUAGGCACCAAUGUAAACACCUGAUUUUUUUUUUUUUUCUGAAAAGGUAGUGUUUACAUUGAAAAGCCUGCAGGGACAGGAUAUAGACACCAGAACCACUACACCAAGCUGUAGUGGUCCUGGCCACUUUAGUGUCCCUUUAACCACACUAUGCAAUAAAGUCAUCUAAAAAAUGUAGGUCUUUUCAGGAAAUGUGUAGGGAUACUAUAUUUUAGCAGGUGGAAAAAAUGGAUUUGACUUUUAAGUGGCAGAGAAUUGAGCAGUGAGACUGCAGGAGCAUGAUCUAUACACCAAAAGCCACUUCAGUAGAACUUGUUUUAGUUCUUACUGUGUCCUUUAAAAAAUAUAUAUAUAUAUAUAUAUAUAUAUAUUUUUUUUUUUUUUUUUUUAAAGUGUGUUAAGUGUCACUUACCCACUUGUAUCAACCAUAUCACUAACUAAGUUAGCUAUUAGUUGCGCUAAAAUACUUUAUGCAACCCAAUAAGCAAUGCUCUUCUUGUUACAUAAAACCUGUUCCCUCUGCUGAACUGGAGCCUAUCAAAGAUAGGGGAGUGUGCUGCAGUGACUGCUUUGGUAAUAUUGUACCUAAAAACUUAUUACUAGUUGGGAAUAUUGACUAUCAGCAAUGACUGCUGGAUCAUAUAUUGAUGUUGGUGUGUAGAACCAGUAUCUGUCAUGUGAUCUGUCUGUGUGCCCAUUAAAAUAUAAGUAAUUAGAAGCAAUGCGCUUGCCCAAAUCACUUUGAGGUUAAUUAAUUACUCAGUGAGUUGUGGUGAUCGAAUUGCUAAAUUUAAGACAGUUAUUCGUUACAUUUUGAUAUGGUGGGAAUUCACAAUGAAUUACAAUUUCUUUUACAAAGUAACUGAAAUGAAAGUAUAUCAGAUACCAUUUGAAUAAGUUCUCCAUUUCAGCUACUUUGGCCUAAAAUUGCAAUGUUUUUGUGAAAUAUUUUGCCUAUAUAUGCUCACUGCUUUUCACUGUAGAAUACAUUUAUUACACUGUGAAAUUUGGAGGUCUAAAUAGAAACAUUUUCUAAAGAAAAAUCACGUCAUAAUUAUAUGAAAUCUGACAUCUAUGCCACUUUAUAAACUAUAUUACAAUAAUGUAGACUGUGCUUGAAGUUAAAUUGGGUAAUACAAAUUUUUUGGAAAAGGCUAUGCUUGGGAAUCUUCAAAGCCAACUUUGUGACCUAGACUUUGCGUCAUUCAAAACUAAUUGUACGUAUAUCUCGUGUUUAUUACAGUAUUGCUGAAUGCUGCAGCACUCCAUAUUCUCUACUGGGUUUAGUAUUUACGGUUUCCUUUGUGGCUCUUGGUGUAUUGACCCUCUGCAAGUUUUAUCUUCAGGGAUACCGAGCUUUCAUGAAUGAUCCGGCCAUGAACAGGUACUGCGUUCUGUGUUGUAUUUUUUAAGUUAUUUCAUGUUUUUGCUGUAACUUUUUUUUUCUGAGCUUAUUUAUGACCAUAAAAUCAUAUAGUAUAUAAAAUAUCAAAAUGCAAGUAGAAAAGCAAUACGAUAUGUGGCUGGUUUUUCUUUCUUUCAUUUUCUGGAAUAUAAUAUUAUAUAGAAUGUGUAACUUUUGCUAAUACGCCCCAUUUUAACCUCUACAAACAGAGGUUAUUGUCCAAGCUUUGAACCAAAACCUAGAAUUUGUGCUGUUUGUUCCACUGUAAUCUAAUGGCUUCUCUUUAGGUGCACCCAUACAUAUAUUACUUUUAAAGGACAGAAAUGGCUUUCAUUUACUAUCCCAUAUGUAUGCUCAACACAAAAUGAGAUGUGAAUAAGGUUUAAAAAUGGUGGAGCGGUUGAGGGGGGGGAGGGAAGAAUAGAAUGCAUACACAUAUGUAUAAACAUUAUUGCUUAUAAUCAUUUUCACACAUCCAGUGCAACUAAAAGAAAAGUACUCAAAAUUAAUUUAUCAUUACUGCUUGUUAAAUGCCUAAUAUGUCUAAAUUAAUUAUUGGUUUAUAACGCUAAACCCACACUAACCCUAUUAUAACAACCAUAGGACCCGUUUCUUACACUAACUCUUACCAUAUACCUACCCUGAACUUUAAUCUUACACUAUCCCUAACUCUAAAGCAGCAUUAACACAAACCCAUUAUUAACCCUACCUAACACUAACCCUACAGUAAUCCUAACCUUAUUUCUAACUUUAACCCCUACUCCUAAUGAAUUCCUCUUCUAAUAUCAAUUCUGGUGUCAGAAGAUGGGCUUCUUAAUUGAAACAGUAGAUGGUGGUCUGUUACUGCCAUCUACUGGCUAUUUUCAUAAUUACAUUUUAUGUAAUUACGAAGGGAUUCUGCUUCCCAACCAAUUACUGUAAUCAGUGCUGGACAACUGGCAAAGCCCAGCAACCAUCGCAUUCGGCUGGUGACAGGCAGAGAGACCAUGCCUGGGUGUUUUGAGACCUGGCUGGAAUCCCGUGAUAUAUCUCUAUCACUGGAGUUUGUGCAGGAGGUGGAUUGGAAAUACCAGAAAGGCAAUGAGCCCCCUUAAAUCAGUGGAGGCACCCUAUAUGUAGAGAAUGUAAGAAGUUGCACACUUAUUUGUGUAAAUUUUAUUACACUGUUAUGUCUCUUUGUAGUAUAGGAACAGUGUAUUCCCUGUAUAUAUUUUGUAUUGUAUACCAGGUGUCUAUUGAUGCCUGGAUUUCCUGGUUCGAGUAGGGGUUUAACCAUGCUAACAUUGCUAAAUGUUUAUAGUCCUUUAAUUCUUAUUUAUAGAGCUACUUGCUGCGCUGAUUAUCAGUGCUGCUUUCAGCUUAUCAAAAAGUCUGGGCCGCUAAACAUGGCCGCUAACAUCGGGGAGUAACCGAUAAUACCUAAGGCUACCUGGUGUGAGUAAGGAUUUAACCCUGCUCAUACCAACACUGCAUUGCGUUCCAUGCCGUCAUACACAGAGAGAGCUUUAUCGGCUUUUGCUGAAAUGGAAAGUCCUAAUAACGAGAAGGGGUUAAGCUACCCAAUAAACAGUCAAGCCCAUAACUUUGUAUUGUCAAUCUCUUCCUUCCAAAAAAACUUUUUAUUUGAUUUUUCUGUUGUGUACAGGGGUAUGACUGAAGGAGUGACUCUACUGAUUCUUGCUGUGCAGACGGGCCUGAUUGAGCUUCAAGUGGUCCACAGAGCCUUUCUUCUCAGCAUAAUUCUGUUUAUUGUUGUGGCGUCCAUCUUGCAAUCUAUGCUGGAAAUUGCUGACCCUAUUGUUCUUGCUUUGGGGGCUUCACGUGAUAAGUAAGUAGGUUGAGGGUCCUAUACCCAUGAAUAUAUUUCCAUUGAACUUUUAAUUUAGGCAUAUAUAAAUAUUCUGUAAAUUGGUAAAAUUCUUAAAUAUCUAUUUUUUUUUUUUCUUUUUCUUAAAGUUAAGGCUUAUUAUGCAUAAAACCAGGCUAAAAAGUAAAAAAUCUUGCACCUUUGUCUUUAUUGGCACACAUUGAUACAUAUUCACCAACAUUGGGUCUGUUUCCAUGCCCAUUGCAAUAGUUUAGCAACAAUCGCAAAAAUGGCUGCUAUUGGUGAUUACGGUCUUUCCAUUUUAAAAAUGUUACGGUAUAAUAAGUAGCACUACAUCCUAUUUAAUAUGAAGUUUAUGCUGCUUUGUAUUAGUGUAUGUAGUUUUCAUUAAAUACCUGUGAAAUUUUUCAAGACAGGUGUAUACAAACACUAAGAGGAACUUGCUCAGUCCUUUUUAAUGUGUCUUGGUGGAGUGGCAGUGAAAUAAAAAUUCUUAGUAAAAGACAUUUGCAAAGCGCUGAUCACAAAGUGGUGAUCCAUAUUAAUAGAGAGGAGGACCUGAGUAGCGUGCACUUGAUAAAGGUUGGGGGAACCAAGGAAACCUGCUGUAUUUCUUUUAUGCAUGAAUAUCAUUAAAGGAACACAAAUGUUUAUUCCUGACCCUAUAGUGUUAAAACCACCAUCUAGUCCUCAUGUCCCCCCUAAAAACCUUACCUUUAUUGCAGUCUUCUGCUGCUGGCUCUAUCCCUAAUUUGUCUCCUUGGCCGUCAUUAUCAGAAGUGGAGAUCUAAGCCAAUCACAAUGCUUUCCCAAAGGAAAACUUUGGAUUUGCUGAGACUGUCAAGGAGGCAGAUCAGGGGCAAAGCCAGCACAAACCAAACACAGCCCGGACUGUGCAUCUCAUUGAGUAAAGUUCAGUGUCUGCAUGCAGAAGGUAGACACACUGAAUGGCAGUGCUGCACACUGUGCAGCACUGCCUCAGGAAGCACUUCUAGCAGCCAUAUGAGGAGUGGCCAGUGGAAGUAUCCCUAGGCUGUUUCCCUUGGAGUAUUGUACGCAGUACUGGAGACUAUCUCCAGAAGGAUAUUGAUACCUUAGAGAGAGUUCAGAGAAGGGUUACUAAACUGGUUCAAGGAUUGCAGGAUAAAACUUACAAGGAAAGGUUAAAGGAUCUUAACAUGUAUAGCUUGGAGGAAAGACGAGACGGGGGGAUAUGAUAGAAAUAUUUAAAUACUUAAAGGGAAUCAGUACAGUAAAGGAGGAGACUAUAUAUAUUUAAAAGAAGAAAAACUACUAAAACAAGAGGACAUAGUCUUAAAUUAGCGUGGCAAAGGUUUAAAAAUAUCAGGAAGUAUUACUCUACUGAGAGAGUAGUGCAUGCAUGGAAUAGCCUUCCAGCCGAAGUGGUAGAGGUUAACACAGUAAAGGAGUUUAAGCAUGCGUGGGAUAUGCAUAAGGCUAUCCUAACUAUAAGAUAAGGCCAUUGGCUAGUGAAAGUAUUUACUCUGCCCGAGGCUCCCUCUGCUUCUCCCCCGCCCAGGCUCCCUCUGCUUCCCCCGCUACAAACACUGCCACACAUGCAGAUGCAUCGACACACCGAUACAAACACUGCCACACAUGCAGAUGCAUCGACACACCGAUACAAACACUGCCACACAUGCAGAUGCAUAAAGAUACACAGACACACUGGUGAUACACAGACACACUGGUGCAAACACUGAUACACACGUUGACAGACAUACAGUUGCCCAAACACUGAUACAAAUGCAGAUAGACUCCCAUAAUGACACAUGUAGAUAUACAGACACACAGACACAGUUGCAAACAUACAGUUGCACAGACACACUGACACACACACACACAGAUAUACACAAUGACACACACACAGAUACAAACAUUGACACACAUAAAGAAACACAGAAUCACACUGACGCACAUACAGAUACACACACACUGACACACUGGGGUGCACCAAGAGCAUUUUGCACCCCCUCUUCACCCACUUUAAAAUGCAAAAAGCACCCACAAUUUAGUUAACAUGUUCAAGAAUACAAAACCCCUGCCCUCUUCUAAAAAGAAAAAACCUGCACCCCUCCUUCACAAAACCCCCACCCAGCCCCGCUUCUACAAAACCCCCACGCACCCCACCGCUUCUACAAAACCCCCUCCCUGCCUACCCACAUCUACAAAACCCACUGCCUACCCACUUCUACAAAAACCCGUGCCCACCCCCUUUCUACAAAACCCCUGUACCAUUUCAGGAAAAAAACACUGUCCUACGCCUUAAUACUAAACCCCUGCACCAUCUAAAAAAGCCCUGCCUACCUAAAGGGAAAAACCCAAGCCGCCCCCCUCUACAAAACCUUUACUCCUCUACAAAAAACCCCAGCACCCUCCUUAUUCACAAAAACCCCAUGCACUGCCCUUCACAAAAAAAACCCUGCACCCCCUCCCCCUUCUUCACAAAAAAAAGGGGCAGUGUUUAAAUUGCUUCCUAGUGACGCCUCUAGUGACUGUCACUCAGUCACUAGAGGUGCUUCCUACAUGCAGCGUCUCCACGCUCUGCCUGGAGGCGCUUAACGUUCCUCAUAGAGAGGCAUUGAUUCAGUGCAUCUCUAUAAGGACAUUUUGCAGCCAAUCCUAUGGCAAAACAUUGGAUUGGCUGAGAUAAUCAAGCUUGAUAUUCUUAGCCAUAGAGGCAGGGCCAAUCGAGGGGAGACCAACACGGCAUGGGAAAAAAGUGAGUAAAAACUCCAUUCCUUUGCUAACGGAAGGGGUCUUGCCACCUCACCACACAUACCAUUACAGACAGACGCCCCCCACCCCAAUGACAGACCUACAUGCUCACACUAGGACACAUACACUCACACUGACAGACAUAAAAUCUCACAUUAUUGCUUGAUUUAGUACCUGGGGUCCAGUGGACAGCAUGCUAGGAGAUCGUGCUGGUGAGCGGCAAAUUGCAGGAUUAUGGAGGAGGGCAGCAUGGUGAGUGGUUGUGGAGGCGGGCGGCUGACUGCGCGUAUUGUUGCCGGCGGUGAGGGAGCUGUGAUGUCUCUGCUCCCCCGCAUGCUGCUUAGUGAGACCCGGGACAGAAUAUGACGUCAUAUUCCGGCCCCAGUCUCUUUAAGCGGAACGCGGGAGAGCAGAGCAGGGACAUCGGAGCUUCCUCACCGACCUCCUUCUAUUAGCGCAGCUAGCCGCCCUCCUCCACGACCUCCCAGCAUGCCACCCGCCUCCAUAAUCCUGCAGUUUGCCUCCCGCGUGGCAGGUUCUUUUUGAGCUGGGAGGAAGUACAGCCUCACUCACUUCCUACCAGCUCUCUGUGCAGGUUAGAAGGUGCCUGGUCGUGCUAUUAAAGCGUCACAAUGCACAAACGGGCCACUUGUGACACAUGUCCAUCAGCUGGCCCUGAGAGCAUGGGCCACCCGAUGGGCCUGUACCUUUGCGGUACCCAACCCGUGCGGCUGCCGGCACCGCCGCCAUUGCCAAUUUUGUUUUGCGUACCCCUAGGGGCACUGGAUUGUAUCUCUGGGGGGGUUACGCGUACCACAGGUUACGAACCCCUGAUCUAUAGGAACAGUGUUUUUAAUACAAACAAGUCCUUUCUAUGUGAAAUUUGUUAAACCAUUAGCAUACAUAUCAAACAUUUGUUGCAGGAAAUUAGGAUACAGAUACUUUUGAAUGGUUCACAUGCUUUCUCUGACUGCUGAUUUCAGGAACAAAUCCUUACUAUUUCUGAAUCUUUAAAAUUAUUUAAAGAUUUUACAUUUAAUUGCCUUACUCUGCAGAUCAAAACUUGGAGUUAUAAGUGCUAAAUUACUAAGAGUAAUCCUGUUGUGGGGAAACACUGUGAUCCUGCUAGCCUUAAUUAUUUGUACUUAAUUAGCAGUGUUUUGGUUAGUAAUUGUUGGCAGUAGUAUUACUUAUUGGUAACCAACAAGAUUUGGCUUUUGGGGUGUUUCAAAAACAUUCUGAUCGUUUCACUUAGUGUUCUUUAAAAUAUGCAACUCUGGUUCACUGUAAAUUAUACUUUAUCUGAUAGCUUUACGUCAGAAAGGUAUUCAAUCUUAAAUGGUUAAAGUAUUAUAAUAAUUUUAAAUUUGCAGCAUGUGGUUUUUUUUUUUCCUUGCUGGUACAAUCUAUAACUGUGUAGUUAUUUUGUGUUUGCAUUUUUUUUGUUAACUAGGAGCCUGUGGAAACAUUUCCGCGCUGUCAGCCUUUGCUUGUUUCUUCUGAUUUUCCCAUCAUAUAUGGCUUACAUGAUUUGUCAGUUCUUCCAUAUGGACUUCUGGCUCUUAAUAAUCAUAUCCAGCAGCAUCCUCACAUCUCUGCAGGUAUGAAAUCAUAAUCCAUCCUUCGGUAUUGUUUACUUUCAAUAUAUUUUCCCUUUAAAUAUUUUCUUUACCGGUUAACUAAGUUUUUUGUUUUUGUUUUUUUUAAGGCUCUUCUGUAUUCAACUCUGCUUUCCAGUCUGAUUCUGUAGAGUAGACUUUAUUUUACAAUUUUUCACUUGUGUGCUUUAUAUGCAUUUCAUAGUUCAUUAUUAUUUAAGAAGUCACGCUGAACUUGUACGCUGCCUUCAUUCACUUUAAAAUCAUAGCAUUACCUUUAGGUACAACUCACUGAAAGCCAAGCUGGAAUAAGUGCACUCUAUUUUUUAAUUUCUAGUGUAAUGGAAGGUUUAAAAUACACAUGACAUUUACUCAGAUGAACACAUUUGUUGGAACCCCACAAUGUUUGAGGGAAAGGUAAAUUGCCACUAAGGAAGCACAUGGGGAGACUGUUUGAUUUUUUCCAUUUGUGAGCUGUGAGGAAAUCAUUAUCAACAUAUUUGAGUGUUUACAGCCAUAUCAGGUUGCACCCAAGUGAAUAUAUCCUCUUGUUUUAAAUUUGCCAUCAGAAAAUUAUUUUGGUUGGCAAAAGUUAGUUCAUAUCUGUCAAGAUAAUUUCUCCGUUUCAUUGUGUUGGUCACAGGUGCUUGGAACACUUUUCAUCUACGUCCUUUUCAUGAUUGAGGAGUUCCGGAAGGAGCCAGUUGAAAACAUGGAUGAUGUCAUUUAUUACGUGAACGGCACGUACCGUCUGCUAGAGUUCUUGGUGGCUUUGUGUGUCGUUGCAUAUGGAGUCUCUGAAACUGUGUUUGGCGAAUGGACUGUGAUGGGAUCCAUGAUUAUCUUUAUCCACUCUUAUUAUAAUGUCUGGCUGCGGGCACAGCUAGGCUGGAAGAGUUUCCUGUUGCGCAGAGAUGCAGUGAAUAAAAUCAAAUCAUUACCAACUGCCACCAAAGAGCAACUGGAGAAACAUAAUGACAUUUGUUCUAUCUGUUAUCAGGUUAGCUGCAAUCCUGAGUUAAUAAUAUGAAUCAAAGAAGUUCAGUUGCCUUUGCAUGUGGGGGAAAGAAGAACCAUAUCUAGAACUGCUGCUCCUAGGAUUGUGUUAUGCAUUUGUUUACCUACGUUAGUAGGGGACCACUAUAGCGUUGGGAAUCAUGUUCCUUUAAGUGUGUGAAAUACACACACUCUUACCUUAGGCUUCCUUUAAUUUCUUAAUAGAAUUUUGCUACAAUAUAGGCACUUAUAGCAUAAUUACUGAAAAAGAUGAUUACACGUGUUUAGCAAUUUUUCAAGCACAAUAUAUAGAUUAGUUAUGUUGUAAAAUUUUUGCAUAACAAGUACACUUAAACGAACAGAAGCGUCAGUCCAAGAGAUGAGGUAAUUUUGUUCUGCUACAAUACAUUCUUUAGAGUCAAUUACUACAUUGCUUUUGAAGGGCACAAAUCUGGAUAUACUGAAAUCAGAGUUAAUUGUUAAGUUGCUCACUAUGCAUACCCUGUUUCCACAGGGCAAAAACAACUCACGAAAGCAUAACAUAGGAGCGCACAAAAUAAACAUAAUGCAGUCUUCAUUAGGGAUUUAACAAUUAAAAAUGCCAUUCACACUUUACAUAAGUGUGUAACAAAAUAUUUAACAAAGACCCAAACACAAUAUGCAUAAAUAUAGACAUAACAUACUUUACCCAACUCUUAACCAGUAGUCCAAUAUUGCAGAGAAUUGUAAUACACAGGCAUUGCAUUCUAUAACCAGAUUUACUGCCUACCUUACACUAUCACAACUCUGUCUACAUAUAUAUAUAUAUAUAUAUAUAGCAGCCUUGGUAUUGGAUACUUAGAACACUAGCACAAUCAUCUGUAUUUACAGCAGUUUUGGUGUAUAACACUUGGAGCACUAGCACAACCCUAUAUAUUUACAGCAGUCAUGGUAUAGGAUACUUAGAAUAUAUUUGUCAGUGAGUCUGUCUGUUGUUCACUUCCCUCCCUGGUGUCUCUCUCCAGUUUUAAAGAAGGGAACUCCUGGAAUUAAUUUUCACUGCAACACCAGUGCAUUGAUAUAUGUACCCUAAAACAUUGCUCUUUUAGAUAGAUCCUAAAAUAUUUUUUGUUUAUUUAGGUUAAUGUUCUAAUCCAUUAACAGUCCUUUGAGUAGGUUUUACAUGUGUAUUUGUUUUCUCUUUUAGGACAUGAAUACAGCAGUCAUCACACCCUGCAGUCACUUUUUCCAUGCUGGGUGCCUUAAGAAGUGGCUGUAUGUGCAAGAAACCUGUCCGUUGUGUCACUGCCAGUUGAAAUCUCUGUCUCCGCAAGCUGUGGUGGAAACGGACACCCUUACAAAUAAUGAAGAGGCUCAAAAUAUACACCACCCACCACCAAUAGAUGUUUCCAGAGCAGAGACAGUGGCAGAACCUCUGCAAAACGUUCAAGAGAACAUGGCCCAAAAAGUAGAGUUUCCACCAGAGACUCUGCCUACCGGAUCAUCAGGUAGCUUUAAAGAGCUGUAUGAGAAGGACUUGCACAGCCAAGCUGCAGGUUUAAACAGAAAUGAAGAGUUUGGGGGUGUAACGGCUACAGACGAAGAACCACCUCCGGGCUUAAAUGAACACUUUCCUCCUCAAAUACCAGAAGUUUUUGCAGGGAUCUGAUCUAUUUUGUGUUUUAUCAGCCUGUUCAGACUUGCCUUUUCAAAGCCAAAUCCCAUGUUAUCACUUGCAGCAUUUUGAUAUUUGAGGAGAAUUUAACCAUUGAUGCUGAGCAAAGUGUAUGCAAAAAAAAAAAAAAAAAAAGUUCCCAUGAGGAUUUUUCUUUUCACGAUUUUGGUGCCGAUGAAGAUAAUCAAUUCUGUGUGUACAUGUUGCUAGUCCUUGCAAAAGGAGCUAGCUCACUGCUUAUUUUUGGGAUUCAUUAUUGUAAAUGGGGAGGGGUGGGGGGGGGGGAGUUGUUUCAUCAAUUUUGUUUAUCAUUUUUUUUUGUUUAAUUUUCUUUUCUUUAAAAAGUCUAUCAAAGUUUACAGAUAAUCUUAACAGAUUUUUCAUGUCCGAUUUAACAAAGCAUGGGGGAAGUUUUUUUUUUUGUUUUGUUUUUUUUUCUGUGGGUUCCCCCCGUCCCCACCCCUCUUUUAAAGCACCCGAUGUGAUUUCACAGUGAGGAUGCUGCAUGCUUGCAUGCACACUUGCUUGCACUCUUAAUUAUACACAAAUUUGGAGGGAGGGGUUAUUUCGGGAAGGGAAUGUCACUGGAUUUUGGAUGACAGAAUCUGCGGCCUGGAGUGAUUAUCACAUUUCCUUCUUACCUUUUUAGUAUUACGCUGCACUUAAACUCCGUUCCUGUAUGAAGUAUAAAUGAAGUUCAGGUGACUGCUAUCUAAGCAGGAUGAACUUCAUUGCACAGAAAGGGGCGUAUGAGUUAAACGACCGCAAUGUUAUUUAAAAGAAAUACAGUGUUAAAACUUGGCAGUAUUUGCACUUUUUGGAAAUGAGUACAUACUUUUGUGUAUGAUCAAACUACGCAAAUGCCAUUUUAAGGCUGUUGGUAGUGUGUGUGUAUCAGUGGUUCUUGACCUUUUUUGACAGGGACCCAAAUGCACGUCAUUAGCUUGGCGACCCAUUAUUCAAUUGUAUCAUAGUGAAUAUUAAAAUAAAUUCUGCAAAAUGCUUGCAUUUGAUGAUUUCCCAUUGCCACAUGGGGCCUCUAUUGCAACAGAAAAGACAGUACAGUCAACAGUUUCUUGUGGGCAACUGUCUAUGGCCUGUUGAAUAUAGUGUUUUAUGGUUCAUGCAAUAAAAGAACCAAGUCUUGGUUUAGAGGCAGAGGUUUAGGAACCACUGAAUAUGAAUAUAUAUAUCCUCCCCUAUCAAAGUGUUUCAAUUUUUACAUUGAUCAUGGCUAGGUGGAUAGGAAUAUAAGGAAAAAAACAAACCAUUUUUUAUGUGAAUUUUGAUAUGAAAAGAAAAUGAUUAAUUUAUACUAGUACACAUUGGCUGUAAAGGAACGAGGUUGAGAUUUCAAUCUUCCUAAUGUAAAAUGUGACUUUUUAUUUUAGAUAACUAUCAUUUGCUCUUUUUUUAGUGGUACAUUUGGAUGUAGACUGACAGACAUAGCUGAAUGUCU